UUUUGGUGCCUUAACCCGCCGGAGUGUUAACACAUGUUUAUGAAUUUAUCUUGUAUGCUGGGUCAUGUCCUACAAUGUCAACCCACUCAGUCACUAAGGUAUGAGGAUGAAUUUACUUGGAUGUCAGAUUUGAAACUUAAAAGCGUCAUCAUUUGCGGUGCCUACAUCUGCGGUGAGAGAAAUACAAUUAAAUAAAACUGGAUGAAAGAGGUAAAUACCUGCUGCCUGAAUGCCUGACGUGUUCAGAAUUUAAAACGUUUCACUGAAGCUUUACAGUCCCCUUGACAUUCACUUUCCUCCAUAGUUGAAAGCCCAUAUGUUCAAAACUCUCUACUGUCCAUAUGUUAUUUGCAAAUGUUCUACUUUCAUUUUUCUCCAUUUUGCCUCUUCCCAGACUUUCUAAUAUCACUGCAUAUUACCUCCAUCCAAGUCUCUCUCUCUGUGGUUGUAUAUCAACUGUUAGCCUGUCCUCCAUUGGCAAAAGCUCUCAUUUCCCAUACACUCUCUAACCUUACACAAUUCCGGUCUCCUGCACACCAUAUCUGUUUUUUUUAAAUAAUCCUGCACACACUCUCAACAGCAUAGCCCUGCACAUAAUUCUUCUAUUUCUCAGUGGGGAACCCUGUUGCAGAUGGACAUGCACGCCCUUUGUGUGUGGUUGUGAAAGAGAAAUUAGAAUUAGACACUCAGGCAAAGCUUGGCCUGUAGAAAUGUGAUCCCACUGCUCUCCCCGAAGGUCUCAGAUGGCCUUUUUCUUUCUCUGUCCUCAAGAUAGUCUUGAAUUGAAGAACCUGCGGACACUGGAGAGUGCUAUCUUGUUAUUAAAUCGAAGGAUCUGACAAGAAAAAUAGACUGCCUAAAGCUGCACUGUGUCCAACCUCUGCCAGAGGAGAUUCAGCAUUUCAUGAACCUUCUUCACUCUUUUAUUUUUUAUCUUGGCUGCUCUAUUUUCUCUAUUUGCUCUGUUUUCCAUAUCCUGCAUUUCACUUUCACCUCUCAGUUAACCUUUACUGUCAGCCGUACAGGGCUGGGAUUAGGGUAGAACUCACAAUGCAUUCAUAACUGUUUGGCUGACGCAUUUUGGGAUAAAUUUAUCACUUAAGAGUAGACCAGCACUUAUUUCUUGGCUACUCUACUUGUCUUCUCCAUUUCUGCUCUUUUCCCUUUAUCCCCUCUUUAUCCACCCCUCCUGCUCUGGCUACAUCUGUCUGCUGCUCUGAGGUGAGUCUGGAUGUCUUUCAAACCACACAGGACUUUGUUAUGUAGCCAAAAGGAGUUUCUACAGUAUAUUCUGUGGCCACCUUAUUAGUUUAACAUAAAAGUACUAUGGAGGAGGAAUGAUUUGCCCACAGAGCAGAACUGUUGGACUAGGUCGAUGUGCAAAUCAAUUUUUAUGUUUUGGAUGUGGAUAAAAGUAAUCACUCAAACAAGCUCAAAUACCUGCAGGUCAUCACAUAAAGAUGCUGAGGCCUCUGAAAGCAAUAAAAAACUAUCUUAGCUCGAGGCAUUUACAGCAUUUAGCCUGUCCAUUUCAAAGUCAAGCUUCACACAGCCUCAAAAAAGGUGAAUCACUUCACUAAGUUAACAAGCCGAGAAAGGGUGACGUGGCUUUCUGGUUCAUCAGGAGUUGUCUUAGUUUUCAAGUAUCUGUUGAGCGGUCAGUUCCAGACACUUCUGGAACUUUCUAACAGAUCCAGUCACUAUGCAAACAGUUAUCUAUCUAAAAGGAACCUAAUAUAUUCCUUGCAACAAAAAAAGAUAUUUUAAUGGUCUCCAUUAAUUUGAGAAAUGUCACAUUAAGUGCUGGAAUAAUGUUCCUGAUCCUGCUGAAAACAUAUAAACAUGAGGUAGACUUGAGAUCUCAGUUUGGGUACUUCAAAUUAUAACCACUCUAAUCUAAAAAGACAUAACACAGCUUUAGAGUUAAAAAAGUCACGUCCACGUCUUUAGUCAGAUGCUACACUUCUACACCAUAUGUCUUCAGAAACACCUUCAUAAUUUUGCCGGACCACUUUUUUAUUUGUGUUGUUGUGUUGCAAGCAGAGAGGGAUAUCACAUUUCCUCUGAUUACACAACAUAGAGCAAGUAAGACAAAAUAAGAAUUUGCAUAAAAACCAUAUUGAUGUUUUUAUGGCUUGAAUAGCCAUCUCCUACUAUAUCUUAUGUGUUACUGCCAUCCUGAGACCAGAAUGAGUAUUGCAGAUGAACGUACAGCAGCAUGGUACACCUAUAGAAAUAUACAAGUGCAAUCCAAUCUAAACAAAUUCAUUUCAAGUUCUGCAUUUUAAUCAUCAAGGGUGCAGUUGAUGAUGACUUAGACUCCAAAGUUAAAAGACACAAAUCUGCACUUAAUUAUGACUUUGAUGUGAUAUUCUUUGGUAGGUAGGAGCUAUUCAAUCCAAAAGAACAAAAGUAAUGAUAAAGAAACAAGGGUUUAACUGGGGAAACUUUACUUUAUAAAAGGCAAAACAAGUAAAUAAACCUUGAAAAAGGUGCUCAUUAAGUGGAGCUCAGCAUAUCCCAAGCUUAAAAGGUAAUCUGAAGAUAUAAGUUUAUAGCAAGACCUAUUUCUGAUUUGGUCAAAAAAGGGAACAAAUCAUUUGUAUUGGAACCAUAUGUCAUAAAAUAGGCCACAUUACAGAGUUAUUAGUAAACUACAGGGUAAAUUUCAUGCAUUUUAAAAAACAAUGCUACCUGACACACAUAAACAAGACAUGUGCUGUGUAACUAUGCUUCUGCAAGUACAUGCAAACAUUUGAAGGAAUAUGCAAAAAGAAAAACACUGACAGAUCUCAAAAUUGCUUGUUGUCACCAUACUGUAUCAGCAACAACAUGUUUGCAGUCUAAAAGAUAUUACAUUGACUUGGCAUUUGGAAACCACCACAACCCAGCCCAUCCAAGAAAGGCUUAGACGAGCUUAACUGUGUUAGAUAGGUUUUCAUUUAAGACAGUCAGAGCUGACUUUUAAAUAGGUCAGUGUAAGAGCCCACAUGGGCAUUAAUGUGGGCUAUAAAAGGGGAUACCAAACACCAAACAAACAUGAGUAUCUGCUGGGUCAAGAAUGCCCCCUUACAAACAUAAGACAACUUGGCCUGUCAGGCAACAAAACUGUUCAGGCUUCAAACCCACAACAUUUAAACCAACUAACCAACCAACAAACCAACAAACACAAGAUGCAAAUCCUCCCAUGCAACUAGCAAGCAUUAAGCAACUUGUUCAAAAAUAAAACCAACAGGUAGGCCUUGGCCUACAUCAACACUUGCCUAAAUAGAAAGGGACACAACAUCCAUAUUGUCCAGGCAAUGCAGAGGACACACCAAGAUGAAAGCUUAUCUUCAUAACACCACAACAGUCAAGAAUUUAGGACUUAAAAGAAAAAACAGCCAAAUAAAAGCUCAGGAAAUCAGCAAGCGAAAGGGGGAACCGCAGAGGAAGAAAAUAGUGUUUAUGACUCACCUGAUUUCUUCUUCUUUUUCCUUCUUGGUGGUUGGCAAACCAGCUGAAAGGCGCGACUCUCCUGGCAUGAGGUAAGGGCCAUUUUUCAGUUGUUGUUUGGUGUUGUUCAGCGUUAACCUCCUCAAUCCAUCAGUGUUGGUUUACCGUCGAGUACAAACAUUGGGCUUCGGGCCUGUUCAUUCAGUUUCGAUGCCGCCAACAGUGGAGGUCACCUAACUCAAGGAUUGUCUCACUGACCCAACUUAAACAGGUAAUGUCUUGUUUGAGGGGCAAGACAGGGGCUUAAUUCGUCGUCAGUUUUAUAGUCUUUCUGCUGAGACAACUUUUCAUUUACAACUGGGCCUGUGUACCUUCAGAGUAACUUUGUAAAUUUCACAAGUUGUCCACUUGAAGAAAAGGGCUCCGGAUAAUUACUGGAGAGUGGCGCCAUUGCACAGGUUUAAAUUGAUUACGUAUCAGGGGGCGGGGUUUAUGAUAUUUCCCGCCUAAAACUACUGUUUGUAGGCUGAAUAUUUUAAACAGGUGAGAAGAGGGAAAAUGCCGUAACAUAUCCGCAGCGUGUAACUUUGGCCAUUCAUGUGUAUUGGGCUUUCAGUCUCAGAUUUAUCCUAAACAUUACUCAGAUCCUGUCCAGUGGAUAGCCUAUUUUAGAUGAAGCUGUUUGCAAUAGACUUCUUCCAAGAAAUAAAACUAACCUUUUAUUUCUCCUAUCUACAAUCGUAGUCAUAAUUUUACCUUAAUGAAUUAGUUUGGAUUGAAUGGCUUGUUUUGUUUCAUCCGGGUCUUCUUGCUUUGCUAUUGCUGCCAGUUUAAAAUCACAUUUUAACUUUAUAGUUCUGCUUAUGUACACAAGAGGGAGGCAGAGCACAAUGUUUACAAUCUUCGGAGGAUUUGAGCAAAGUGAAGACAUGGCUGCAGAAGAGCACCAUCAAUACUACUACUAUUACUACUACUACUACUACUAAUGAUAAUAAUAAUAAUAACUUUAUUGGUAUAACACUUUAAAAAAACAGAAUUUUACAAAGUGCUUUGACAUAUAGUGAUAGAGCACAUGGAAAAAGACAGAUAAAAACAAAGAUCUCAGUUAAAACAGAAUUGAAGGCCAAUUUCAUGUCAUAAGGAACCCAGACAUUACAAGAACCAUGCAACUUAAAUAAGACCAUGAGGACAAAAAUAAAAACAUAAAAUAGUUAAGAAAAAAGAAAAUGCAAUUAAAAGGGAGGUCGAAAGCAGAAGCAGGAUAGUAUAUAUAUAAAAGGCAAUAUCAACAAUGAUAAUCAAAUUAUAACAGGUAAUACUGAUGAUAAUAGAAAUAGAUAUAAUAAGUCAAUGUCAUAACCAUAUCUUACCACUGAGUGUCGCUGUUGGCAUAUAUGUCUGCAGCAUCCUGUAACAUUCACUGUAAAUGCUGCUCCACUCUCUCGAGGUCGUGACUAGAGUGUUGAUUAGUAGCUGACAUUUCAGAGCUCCCCUUGAGAUGCAUAAUGUAUACAGUGUAGCCUUAAACACCCUGGUCAAAUCAAUGUCAGCAGUUUAGUCUGCUAGACUACCGGUGAAUGCUGAAUGGAUCUGCAGGCUGCAGGGGUAUUCUGGCUUUCUCAUGAUGGGCUUUAUUAUGGAAGUAAAUCUGUGCCAUCUGAUUAUGAAUUUGAAUUUCUAAAGCGGAAUAUUUUUGCAUCAAAAUCAGACUUUGAAUUUCGAAACUAUUGAAUUACAAGCAUGCAUUUUUAUUUCUGACACUAAUUUUUUCACAAUAAUGAAAUAAAUUCAGUGAAAAAAAAAUCUGUCUCUUAAAACAUUUGUUUAGUAAAAAUGUCAUUUAAAAAUUUCAACAUUAAAAAAAAUUUCAGUGUCAAAAAUCCAAUGUCAAAAAAUUCAGUGUAUAACAGACCGACUCGAUGUGGAAGUAAAUCUGUGCCAUCUGAUUUUGAAUUUGAAUUUCUAAAGCUGAAUAUUUCUGCAUCAAAAUCAUUUUUAUUUCCAACACUUAUUUUUUCACUAUAAUGAAAUAAAUUUUUGGGAAAAAAAUCGGUCUCUCAAAAUAUUCGUGUAGUAAUAUUCAACUAAAAAAAGUUGUGUAAAAAAAAAAUUCAGUGUCAAAUAAUUUAGUGUAAAACAGACUGACUCAACAUCUGGGUAACCAGGGAGAAGCAAUUGAUUCUUCAAUCUUCCACUGGGGUUGAUGCCACAUGACAAAUCUGGCAUUACGAUGACUGAUUGAGCCAGGAAUUGAUUGCUUCUCCCUGGUUACCUGAAUGUUGAGUCACUCUGUUUUACACUAAAAUAUUUGACACUGAAAUUUUUUUAUGUUGAAAUUUUUUAAGUCAAAUUUUUACUGCAAGAAUAUUUUGAGAGCAAUUUUUUUUUACACUGAAUUUAUUUCAUCAUUGGGGGGAAAAAAAAUAGUGUAAGAAAUAAAAAUGUGCGCUUCAAAAUUCAAUGGUUUUGAAAUUCAAAGUCUGAUUUUGGUACAAACAAAUUCAACUUUAGAAAUUCAAAUUGAAAAUCAGAUGGCACAGAUUGACUUCCAUACUUUACUGUGGGAAAUAGAUGUUGAUUAAACUGAGAAUAGGGGAAAUACAAUUAGGCUCAGAAAAAAAUCUAGUUUUUUUCUAAAUGUCGAGUUACCAUAAAAGAUUGAGGGAUUGAUGCGUGUUUCCUUCAAAAUUAAAGCCUCACUCUUGGUUAAAGAUCAAUCCCCAUGAGCUCGCCACAGUCGUUUUAUUUUGAAAGUUUUCACCGGAAGUUAAAUUUGUCAUUCUGUAACGUUUAACGCUGCUUUGAGCGCACAGGCAUCCUUUAACACUCCUUACUCUACGUGUGUACGGGCGGACAGCGUGUGUAAAGCGUGUGCACGUGUGAGUGUGUAUGUGUGUGUGUGUAAACACAGCUCGGUCGGCUCAUGAUAGGAGCGAGGCGGACCAGGUCUGACUGCAGAGCGGGGGGAAAACAGCAGGCUGAACCGAGGGUAAACCGGGGGGGACCGCUCAGAUGAGGAGAUGGCAGCCGAGUCGACCCGGAGAUUCACCAAGAACCUUCUGAAACCGGGGAGCGCGGCCGAGAUCCGGCAGACGGCAUGCAACGCAGUCAGACACUCCGCAGUGACGGUGAGUGGAGCCCUAUGAAUAGUAAAAACAUGGUGGUUGUGGAAAAAUGCAUCACCACCUGUGGGCCCAAGAUAAGAAUAUCUUCUUAUCCUUUCUCUUCUUCUUCUCUUUCACCCUUUUCUUUCGCUUUAUUCAUCUGGAGGAAAUUAGACUGGAUAUGAUCUGCACCACUGCAUCGUGGACCUGACAUUGGCAUUCAUGUUGCAUCUUUCCUUGCAAUGGAUGAGCUGAAAUUGCAGAGUGUAGCAGUACUGCCCAGCCUCUGUCUAUUGAUCAUGCAGAAAGGAACAAUUCAAUACAUUUAAUGCUGAUAAUAAGGUGCAGAAUUUGCUCAGAGAUCACGCUUAUUAGCUUGUUAUGUGGCUGCAAAGUCGUAGAGCCUACCAUAUCCUCUCCCCCUGUGGGUUGGAGUUUAUUCCAGUGUGUCUGGGGAUGAAGUGAAUGAAUUGCAGCAGGAUAAAUUGGUGGUUGUAGUUGGGUCGUGGGAUGCGGCAUGAGCGAGGCAGCGGUUUGCAUCUGCACAGCGGCGCACAAACAGCAGGAAAAGAUGGAGGGAGGAGCAGGGGGGUGCAGAAAAAUCCGACUACUUGGGUUUGAUUUACGACUAAUUCUAUUAUCAUGCUGUUUUAAAUGUAGUGAAUUGUGAAAUGUAUUCUCCCGUGGGUGUGUCAGGCGGUAUAAUAAGAGGCUCUGACUGACACAUAAGAUAGUGGGAGGAGGGGGAAUCCGUGGAAAAAAAAAAAAAAAAACUAAAAGCAGCCACCCUCUUACGUGCACGCGCACAAGGAGAGGGAUUUGUGUUGUGAUGAUGUCCUUUUCAUUCAUGUGGUUAGAGGACAAAUCCUCUACCUCAGCGUAUAUGUGAGUGUGAGUGUAUGUGUGUGUUUGCGUGUCCAUUUUGUGGAGAUUAGCAUAGAGAAAGGUCACUCCACUCGAGUCUCUUUGCUGCUACUCUACAUCCUCAUCACUGUGGUGUUAGUGUGUCAGUGGGACACAGGCAUUACAGUGAGUGGGGAGUGAGAAUUGAUUAGAAUAAAGAGGAAAAAUUGCAGAAUGCAGGGUAAGAUUCAGCCGGGAAAGAAUGAGAAUAAAAGCGUCAUUUUUCCACAUUUUCCUCUGUGAUAAACAGAAAUUUUCUUUAAGCACCUGAACAGCCGAGUAGAUCAGAAAAUAGCCCGAGCCUUGAGAGAGUAAAGGUUCCCUGACAGGAUGCAUUUGUCAAAUCGAGUACAGCAGAGUAGCGUUAUCGAUUGCCUUGUUGCAUGUAGAAAUUGACUGGUGGGUCACCUUGUGUUGGCAUCAUUUAGGACACAGAUACACAUGUUGCACUGCGGUAACAGCACACUUAGCUUCAAUGCCUUGCCUAAAAGCCCUGCAGUAGGAGUCACAUUAAGUCUGCAGCAGCUUUCAAGCACAGACCUGACAAGCAAGUGACACAUUUUUAAAAAGAGACAUGAAACAGAAAUGAGGAAGAGGCGGGUGGUUGUCAAGAAGUGAGAACCUGCAACUCAGCCUGACAGUAGAGGCACUUAAGCUACGUAAAGGUAUUCAUUUAUACCGUGUGUUGCAGGAAUAAUUCAGGCUGUUAAAAACUGGAGCUGUUGAUAAUGAUAGGUUAACACCAUUGACUUUGUGCAGAAUGGUCAGGACCACAGCCAUUCAGUGUGAAACCAUGAUUUUUCAUGCUUCUCCAAGUGACUGGCAACAGUGUAGGUCUUCUAUGAACAGAUCGAACAUGGGUCAAACUAAAAGAAUCAAAUACAUGUUUCAUAAACAAGCUUUCUUUCAAUGUAGUACAAUCCUAUCAUGUUGAUUUAUUUGCAAGUGUUCUUCUGUUGAGAGGAAGUUGGUUUAAUUGGUUAUUUGACGCUAAACCACAACUUUGACUGAAUAUCAUUGACAGUUCUGUUUUGUAGAGUGGGGUAGAGAAGGACUGGUGAGUGAAAAAGUACUAACUUAAGGUUCGUUUAACUUCCUAUUACUGUGAGAAUUCGCUUGAUAUCAACACAAGAAUCUGUUCUGUCUUAAGAGAUGUGUGAUUCAUGUUUCAGUAAGGAAGAGGGGUCUGAUGCAAGUCCUGCCGCUUCAUCAGAUAUCGUUACUCUUGCACAUCCCUUGGCUUCACCAGCUCAGUAUGUCAGCAUCUAUAGAGGGGCAGAACUUUGGUUAGAAAACUCACAAUGGGUAGAAAUGAACGCACAUUGUCCAUUCUAUGUACAGUCAAUGGUUGACACCUGUGCCAUUGUCCCAGUGGUAGGUUAGAGUAGCUGCUUUGGGAAAGGCUUAAGCAUGAAUCGCUUAUAUGUCAGUGAAAGCAACUCUUAAAAGAAUAGCUUCAACCAAAACAAAGUCUGAUUAAGGGUUGUAUUCAAAAGUAGUGGCUCACAAAAGCCUUACACAUACACAAAAUAUAUCAACAUUAUAGCCUUAAAAAAUGGAUGGCAUGUUAGCUUGUUCUACAUAUGCGUUUUGAGUCCCACCCCUUCCCCUGUGCAGAAUUUACCAGAUCACACCAUCUCAUAAAAAAGUGUGAAGUUGAUUCUCGUAAUGGUGUGAACUGAAAUGGAAAAAGUGACUCGCACAUUGAUCCAUAUCAGCGGCCGCAAAAAGUCUUCCUCCAGUGAAACAGACAGUUUAGUUUCAGUUCGUCAUCAUUUCUGUGGGGUGUACAUUUGAAACUUUUAUGUUCAGAUCAGAUACAGACAUGUGAACAGGUAGAGAUAGAGGACCAGGAGGACGCGAGAGUAAGCAUGAGUGUAAAUGUUUACCCAGGCUUAGCUUAAGUUGGUGUGUAAAUGUCCAUAGGCAUUGUGAACAUGUGUAUGUGUGGACUUUUUUGUGUGUGUUAAUGCAUGGCCUUUGUUGGUGAAAGAAACCAGGUCAGCAGAAUCAGGCCCUAUGGCACAACACUCAUUGGAGCGUGAGCCUCUUUCUCUCCCAUUGACCCCUUCUCUUUUUCAUAGUAGCCAGUUUUUUCCUCAUUCACUUAAAGCUGCCCCCUCCCUCCAUUGACUUCUCCUCCCAUCCCUCAGUGCUAAUACUGAUUCUUCUAUAGUCAAGUCCUGACCCUUUUUCAGUGCCCUGCUGCUGUGCAUGGAUCCCCAGUUCAGUUAGAAUAGUUUCUGAAGCUUGUGUGUGUGUGUGUGUGUGUGUGUGUUUUCCUGUGUGUUGCAUACAUGAUACCUGGUAAAUCCCCCUGAUGCGUGCUGCAUUUUCCCCCUGAUGAAGUGCUCUGUGAAAGCAAUCACUGCUCUCUGACUGCUGCUCUGUUUCUCACAGUGGUCAGCCCACCCGUCCUCAAAUAUGCAAGCAGCAUGGAAGUAGACAGAUACAAGAACAGAGAAUGUAAUGGCGGUUUAGUUUUGGUUUCUGAAAAAAGGGAAAGUUUGUUGCUUCAGUGACCAAAGGAUCUUUUCCAUUACAUCUUAUUUAUGCCUCCUUUUGGCUCUGAGCUGCCCAACACCACAAUACGACAACGUUUGCUAUUAAAAAAACUGAUGAAAAUGUAAAGGAGAUACAUAACUGAGGUGUCAGAUGUAUAAUGAAUAGGAUUAGAUAUAUUACUGCUAAUCUCAUUACUGCAGUAACAGAAAGUGAAGUGUGUUUAUUAUGCCUCUUAGCAAAAGUGAGCAGCAUAGCUGUGUAGACACAAGUGUCAUUCUUGUAUUGACUCUGGCUGCCUGCUGGGAUGAACCACAUGUCAUGCCAUGCCUUGAGGAUGCCAGCCUCACUCACCACACAGCCAGUGACCAGGGCCAACUUGCCCACUCUGGCACCCCUCUGCAGCUCAGGCUUUAUUUGCCCAGUAGCACAAGGUUGCCUGUAUGUAGUCACUAACCGUGGUUGCUCAGGGCCAUAUGCCUGCUCCUGCAUUUUCCACUCUGUAUCCUUAUGUUUGGUGCUAUUUCACCCUGGCCUUAUCUGUCCUUUGGCUCAAGAUAAGGCCACUCCUUGCACUUGGCAUCCCAAGUGCCCUUAUGGUGCUAUCCUCACGCCUGAUCACAUAUUGGCAAUUUUUAGUGCCCCAUCCCAUAUUCAAGCGGGAAUUUUCCAUUUGUUGCACACUAGUAUUUGUUGUCGAGGUAAAAAGGGGGCCCUGUCUUUGUUUUUUACUGAUUUAUUAGCAUGACAUAGCAUCAUUCUUGCUGUUUAUUAUUUUUCAAUGCAAGGACAAAAACAGCUGCCUACUUCUUCCAUGCAAGUCUUUAAUGUCUGGUCCAUGCUGCUUAGAAUCACAUUUGUUAAUCACUAUGAAUCAUCUGCUAGUUAUCUUGACAGUGAACUUAUAGUUGAACUUCAUGAUUAUUGAUUGCUGUCAAGGCAAGGAAAUUAUGGAAAUGACCAUCACAAGUCCCUGAGGCAAAACCCUCACUUCAUCUGGCGAAAAGAAAACUUUCUAAAGUGAUAAACUUCACAACAGAGUAACAUAUAGAUCCAAGAUGUUGCAGUGUUGCAUGGCAAGUUUGUUGCUGCCUCUUUGUUAUCUUCAACCACUGUGGUCCACCUCCAUGCUCAUGUUCAUCCCCUUAGUCUCUUUGCCUAAUCAUUGGGGAGUGGUGUGUAUCUUGGCCCUCAACAAUAGAUGUGAAUGUGCAUGUUAGCUUUGAAGAGAGUCCCUUUUUGGUUCAAGUUCAAGUACUUUUCAUUGCUGAUUUUUUUAAAGGUCUAAAUCCAAAACUCUCUUUGGGUUUUCUCAAAUUUCAGUAAAGGUUUCCAGAAGUCACUGACUCCCAUUUGAUUCAACUUUCAGGUUUAAACGCUAUUAGUUAUCCAACCCAUCUUACCUCGAACUUGGCAGUAAAGACAAAAGGAGAAAGGAGAAUUGGUUUUCAGAUCUUCUUUCUCCUUUUCUUCUCUCUGGAGACUGGACAGUCUUUUUCCUGUCUCAUUACAUUACAUUAAUGUUUUCUCCCUCCUCUGAAUCUGCAUGUACAACAGCCUUUAUUUCUUUGUCUGGGUGUGUACUAGUCCUGUUCUCUGACUGUGUGUCUGCUUUUCGAGUAAAAUACCACUUCUGGGCAUGUCUGUGUGUCUGUCUGGAGCUAAAAUGUGUGUCAGACAGUGUGGAGCAGGCAGUUGUUGGCGGGGGGCAGGGGGUGUCUGCGUCUACCCAGCAUGCCCCAGUGAUAUGUUGCGGGUGCAGUGGGGUGGUUUGGAGACAUGCUGUCAGUCUGACUCUGCUUUCGCUCACAUCAUGUCGACUGCCUGGGUUGCACUGUGUAUGAGUGCUGACCUGUACAAUGCAAAUGCAUUUUGGCUUCUUAUAAAUCUUGCAACAUGAGUGUAAAUGUCUUAGAUGAGCGAGAUUUUAGCUUGAUUUGAGCACAGGGCUUUGUGCUGUCCUUCAGAGACUGUUGUUUCUGGGUCUGCACGAUAUAAGGACAAAACGCUAUCAGAGAAAAAUCACUUAGUUUGGGGUAUGAAUACAUCUGAUAAACUGAUAUUUAAGUACGAUUAUUAGCAUAGCUCAGUGUAGGGCUGGGUGAUUAGGAAAAAAGUUUAUAAUGAUAUUUUUUUUCAUAUCAGUCAAUAUUGAUAUAUAUCACGAUAUUAAAAAAUCUCUUGUCAAUCUCCAAUGUUCCCUGUUACUCUCAAAUGAAAUUUAACAUGAACUUGACAUCAUUUGCAGUUCACAUUACUCUGCUUCAUGUCCCACUUCAAAAAAACAAUAUACCUCCACACCAACGACGAUUUCGUGCCCAUGUUGUCGACGAUGUCAUCAUCUGUUGAGUCUUCAUCUGCAUUUCUGCUGGGAGUAGCACUCAUUUUCUUUUUUUUUUCUUUAAGUGCUAUGGUUGCGUGUAGCUGCAGCCUGCUACUACGCAGUUGUUUACUAUUUGGUUCUAAUUCAGCACAUGAUUGGUUCAGUGAGAAGUAGACCCGGAGCAACUCCCCUUGUCAUUGGCUUUCAUCGUAUAGUGAAACAUGGCAGAAUGACGGCUAUCGAAAAGCAUGUUUACCAUGUUUCAUAUCAAUAUCAAAGGAAAUUAAUUUUUGAUACAUAUCAUUAUCGUUUUAUCGCCCAGCCCUAGCUCAGUGUUUCUUUGUCUAUCUGUGGUGUGCAGUGUAACGUAACUUGUCUGUACAUGUUAACAGAUGGGGCAUGGGCCACACUGUGAAAUUAAGAUACUUGUCGAACAAACAGUUUGUGUUUUAGUUCUUAUCAUGCUGAUUUCUAUAUUGCAAUAUUCAUUUUCUUUCAAAUAGUAAUUUUAGCGUCGAAAAAUGUUAAAAUGGCAGACAGCUUGUUGGACAAUUGUGGCUCUUGCAGUGCUGUGGCAGGACUUGAAGCAGGGUCGAUCAAAGUCUUCAGUCACUCUUCUUUUGCAUCAAUAUUCACUGUUCUUUUCAUUCAGCUCUUUUGAUUUGCUCAGGUUAUCUCUCUAUCAUAUGGCAACAAUGUGAUAGGAAGUAGAGUUUGCCCCCUAAUGGCUGCACUUGACCAAACACUCUAAAGGUCACGCAGAUUAAAAUUGAUAUUUCUCAGUACCUGUGCUCAUAAUGUAUCACUCUUCAAUCCAAAAGUAUAUGUUAAGAGUAUUUAUCAUUCCUUAAUUGGUGUCAGUUAAUCUGACAAUAACUGAUACACACUCUUGCGAUGUUGAAAUUGCAGUUUAUUGUAGUUGUGUCCUGCUAAGAUAAACAUAAUAUGUGUUUUAGUCAAACUUAUCAUGCUGAAAACCAGUUCUCCCAGAGGAGAAAAACUGGUUAGAUUAACAGUAAUAAUUAGCCCACUCCUCCCAUAGCCGUUCCUGUGUUACCAAGGCAACAGAGAAAGGUCAAUUGGGAUGGAAUUCUAACAGGAAGUGCUCCUCCUCUAUCUCCCCUCAUAUCACUCCCAUUCCUCUCUUGUGUAUCUUAUUUCAUCUCAUCUGUGGCCCUCCUGUUCCCACGCUGCCAUGUGUUUCAUAAAUCUAAUUGCUGGUUUGUAGCCUCUUAUUUCUGACUUAGCCCCUUUAACUGUAGCAGAUAACAAACCUGGACCAUGUGGAGAUUCUGAUUAUUUCUAUCACAUGCUUCUUGUUACAUACGGACAGGGUAAGGCAGGAGCAGAACGACGCUGGCUCAAAAUUCAGGCUUAUAAUUGAGUCAGACAUCAACAGUCUUAUCAGCACAGGGAGCUGGACCAUAAAGAGGGGGAAGACCAACAAAAAUACAAGGGUGGGAGGGUAAGGUUAGAUCUGUCUCACCUCCCAGAGGAGUCCACGCUGAGGCUCCGCUGCAGAUAAUUUGCCCUGAUAUAAACACCCCUGUGUUUGAGUGUUUAAUUGUGUAUUACUGGGCUCUAUGUACAGUUUAACUAAAAAAACAAAAACAAAAGUAAUUCUGGUAUUAGUCGUUAUUCAUAAAAGUAUUACAGUCUUGAAGAAGUCUUAACAACUCUCAGCAUAGGUUGAUUAUGUCAAAGAUCAAUUUUGCUAUUAUGAAACAUUGCACUAUAUGGCUUUAAUCAUGCACAGCAAACAUCAAUCAAUCAAACAAUGUCUCUAUCUUUAUAGCACUUUUAAUACACGGCCAUGUAGCACAAAGUGCUUUACACAGAAAAAGGAAUAAAAGAAACAAAGAAUACCCAAAUCUACCGCAGGCCAACCCUUCAUUUCCACUCCAUGAUCUAAAUGCAACAGAAACAGUAUUAACGCAUUAACUUAAACAGGGCUCGAUUUUGUGGAAACAGGAAUGUGCAAACUGAGGAAACGUCAUUUUAAAACUCAACAUAAGAUUAGAUAAACACUGGAGGUUUAGGUUAAAAUCUGAAAACAAAGUAACAUAGAAUGAAAUAUAAUAAAUAAAAUGAAAUAAAAACAACAAUAAAAGAUACUAAAAUAAGAGCACCAAAAUAGCUCAAUAAAAGACGAUCCUGUCAUUAAAACCAGAAAGAGAUAAAUGUUAAAACACUUAAACAAAGUUAAUGAUAUAAAAUUUAGUUAAAAGCAAGACUAAAAAGGUAAGUUUUCAGUUUGCUUUUGAAAUCAUUUAGAUUAGUUUCAGUCCUCAGGUCUUCAGGUAAGCUGUUCCAUAGACAGGGGCCGUAGUAAUAAAAAGAUGCCUCACUGUAUGUCUUGAUUUAAACUUUAGGUAAUGCUAACAAAGAACUUCCUGAAGACCUGAGGACUCUACCUGGCUUACAAGGUAAAAGCAGAUUGGAUAAGAAGAACCAAAAUCAUUAAGAGCUUUAAAAUCCAAUGAAACAACCUUAAAAUCUAUUCUAAAGAGGCAGGUAGCCAAACAUGCACCAUUAAAACAAGUCGCAUUACCUUUUGCAGUGGAUGUAUGUGAUGAGUCAUGCAUUUACCUCUGUGGAGGCACUUCAUGCUGCACCAGCCCUUUUCUGCUUCAGCUUGCAUCUAUUUCAAACCUCACACUCUAAAUGUGUUGAACCACGGUGUGAACCUUUGUCUUCACCUUGAACAUGUGGGGGACAGGAUGUCAUGCUCACUCUGUCGCUCUUUCACGCCAGUUCAGUUUGUGUUUCUGCACCAUGCAGCACGCAGCUUUCACCAAGAAUCCCUGCUGUGUACUCUUUUACAAACCUGUGUCAUGCAGUGCACCUUUAGUUUGUGUGUACAUAUGACUCUGGAGAUUUCAUCAGGAGGGGGACACUCUGCUGUCUUCUCUUAUUUCCUUGCAUCUGCAUACCUCCUUUAAAUCUUUUACCCUCUUCUUCUUCUCUUUGCUCUGAUCAAUUUUUUAGGUAAACCUCCUCAUCGCCUACACUCCUGUACUCUAUUUGCCUGUCCUAAAAAUGAACUGGGUUGCGUUCGCCCUGCUUUUUCAGCUCUCCUUGUUGGUUUGAGCAAAUGCCUCUGGUGUCAUUGGUGUGUGUGUAAAUGCAGGAGAAUAGAGAAAGGGAUUAGAGGAGAUGAAUAGCUCUUUGACAUUUGUUAUGACUGAGCUGCAGACGACUCGGCCAUGUUUGCCUGAUAACAGUAGGACCGUGCACUGCCAGGGCCUUGGUGUGCGUCUGCUGCCUGAUCUUCUCAAUGACUCAUUCAGACAGGAUGGAGAUAUAAAAGCAAAAGAGAUGAGAACACAGUGGAGAGAAAAAAUCUGAGCCUGUCACUGUCAGCAGUGACACUGUCUCCAGCUGAAUCCCCCCACUGUUUGAACUCUGUGUGAUGCAGCAGUGAUCUCAGUUGCGUCUCUGCUGGGCAUGUGAGGCUCACAGGACAUUUAUUUAUUUAUUUAUUUUUAACUUGCAAUUAUUUAACCUUUUAUAGGGUUGUACUGUAAGGUGUUAUAUUGUGUUUGGAGGCAUAUAGCGCCUGUUUAGUCGAGUUAAAGAAAGUAGAAAGAUAAAAGAAUGUGUGCUCUCUGUACACCACUUGUGAAAAGUCACAUGAGAGGAGGCGAGAGUCCCUGGGGCUCCAUGCAUUGUGCCAAUGUAGGUUUACAAAAGGCUCUUUGCAGAGGCUUCACAGCCAGUGAACUGCUCCAUUCACACUGAGCUGACCAAGCUUUGCCUCACUGGAGCUUAACUUUUUAUCCUCUCACUUCUUCUCUAAAGCCUCACCAUCCUGCCCCGUACCUUAAUAGACACCAUGUCCACUUCUCUCCAUCUAGACUCUUUGCAUGGCCCCUAGGGAGAGGGAGAGGAGGGGGUCCACUUCACAUACUGGCCUAAGAAUAGUUCAGCCGCUCUCUGCGAGUGAAUUGAAGUGUUGUGUCUCUCCCUCACUCUGCAUUCCAGAGUAGGAGGCCUGAAUAUGCUGCUGCCAUUACCGUCCGACCCCGUGCCCCGCUGCCCUCGCCCUCUUGUAUUCAUACACACUUAAACACUCUGUGUGGCACUUAUACGUGAUGUGGACUUUCCCUCAUUAACUCUCUUCACUGGCAGGAUCCUGUGAAACGGCACAGGGGUGAUCUAAUUAAGCAACAAAUUGGCUGGAUGUAAAGAAAGCGUGUCUUCCCCGUCUUUUACAACCCACCCUCAAAGUCUAUAAAUCUUAAAAGAGAAUUUUGGUUCUGUGGUUGAAUUCGUUUGGGUCUUUUGUCUCUUCCUGCUCUGCCUGCCAAACUGUUUCCUGCUGGCUUUGAUCAACCCCGGCUGACCCACCAAUAAUCCUGUCUGAUCAAAUCCGCCCUUUCUGCCCUGCUGUCAGGAGGAACAUCAGAAAGAGAGAGAAACAGGCAGCGACUAUAAAUGUCUCUCCACCAGGAGCCAACAGAAUUAUCCACAUCCAUGAAGAGUUUUACAAAAAUAUAGAGGCUCAAAUGUUAUUAUGUCUGCAGAGCCUGGACCCCUGAUAAUAAAAAAAUCCACAUAGUUUUAUUUAAUGUUGAUGUUAUGUCUUAUAAGACUAGAGUACAAUAAGAUACAGCAUGCAUAACUGACCUUAGCCCCCAAAAUACAGCUGCUGUCAGCAUGAUUAUUUCUGAUCCAAAAAUUUCUACCGUGACAUUUUCAUAAUCUUUUUACACCUCUUAUCUAAGCACUGCAAAAUGUAUCUAAAUCCAAACACUAUCUCAAAGACCUUAGCUUACUCGUGCUGAUUUUAGUUGGUCAUGAGAGACCAAGUGCAACCUUCAAGGGCUGAAAAAUUGAAGCCAAAAUGCAGUUCCUCAAUCAGCCACUUGAGGCUGUCUCCAAAAAUGAGCAAAUCCCUAUAAGGCCCGAUGUUUAAACGCACAACUUUAAAGAAGAACAAAAGUUGAUGAUGGUGUAAGCUGACUGAACCAACCUCAACCAGAUACAUUAUAUUAUUAUGGGGUUUGUUUAAUAUAGCUUUAGAAAGAUACGUCAGGAACAUAAUUACAUUUCACGGUGAGUUAGUUCAUGAAACAACCUCACUACAUCACCUCAAAAAGAGAACUGAAGAAGCCGAGAUUUGCAUAACAACUGGAGCCAAGUUAAAGAGGUGCAAAGUAAACAAAAGUAACCUAACAGUAAUGAUGCAUCAGAUUUUUAUAGCGCUUUAUCAGAGACCCUUAAAGCGCUUUUACAUUGGAUACAUCAGCUGCUCUGAGGCAGACUGACGGAGACGUGGCUGCCAGUUUGCGCCUACAGCCUCUCCGAUCACUACCACACAACACUCACAGUCAUACACCAGUAGAAGACACACACUGGGAGCAAGGUGGGUUAAGUGCCCAAGGACACGACAGACAGACUAGGGAUAGGGGGGAAUCGAAUCGCCAACCUUCCAGUCAUUGGACGACUGCUCUACCUCCUGAGCUACUGCCUCCCCACUGUGAUUAUCUUUUCUUUAAAUUUGAAUGAACAAUAGCUUUCAUGUUAAGUUAUAAAUGGCUGGUUUUGAAGGUGUGGCAACCUUUGCUGAUGACAAGCAAAUUUAAGUGUGCUUUCCAGGGCGCUUUUAGGUUGGUUUCAUGGAUUUUAAGCAGUUUUUACACUUGGUUUUUAUUUGAAUCUAAUUUAGCUAUUUGUUCAUGUUGUUUCCUUCUGUAUCAAAAUUGGUGUGUACUGUAUUUAUUGUCUUCCUCCAGGGGUAACUCAACUCCUGGCACUACAAUGCUACACAACACAAUUUCUAUAUCUCUUGUUUAACUUUUGUGUCAGUCUGAGCUCUUUUUUUUGUUAAACUUCUAAAUAGCAGAAGGACAGAUAGAUUUGACUCAAACAUGCCAGCUCCAUUCAUUGCUAUUCAUGCUCACUUACUCAUAGAAGAUGAAAACAGAGCCUGGAAACAGAGCCUGAAGCGAAAACGUUCAAUAAGAGAAGCGAGAAGAGGUGAGAAUACAUUACUCAGACCAAUGAUUGUCUGUCAUCCUUGUGGAUUUAAGGUCUUUCUAUGAGUCUGCUAAGGCUCAGCGUAUGUCAGACUCCGAAUCUGUCUGUGUGCAUUCAUCAAUUUUGUGCGCCUCAAACGUCAGCCAAGGGGCUGAAAGGAGAUCUGCAAAAGAAAUAAGGGAGGGGAAAAAAUCAUCUGCCAGAGAGGGAGACAGAGGGGGGAUUUUAGGUCCCUAAAUUGGGGGGAAAGGUAAGGGAGGAUAAUACAUAUGAAAACACAUGAGGAAAAGUCUCUCGAACAGCUGCGUCUCUCUGUCUAAACUGGGACCUCUGGGAGAAGGGAGCUGUGCUGAGUGGGCGUCUGGUAGAUAGUCAGCACUGGCGUGGAGGUUACACAGAGGUUACAUGUAGGCUUUGUGUUGGUGUCAUGUAGGCGUUAUGACUGAAUGAUUUAUUGCAAACCAGGCAUCCUAGUGGGCCUUUUUCUGUACUGUGAGGGUGUAGAUUGGGGGUUGGCAUAAAGUCUUAAGAUUUAUUCACUCAGGCUGGAACGAGACUGAUAUAACCAUUCAUAAGCAUGGUAUCCAUUGUGUGUGUAUGUAUUUCUGGCAUGUCUGCAUGAAAGUAAAUAUUGCCUUGGGCCUGAUUUAAGAAGAACAUGGCGGGUUCGGAAUUGGGACAGAUUUUUCAAGCUCGCAGAAUUACAGGAAACAGAAAUCAUUAGGGAUGAUUGCUCAAGGAGCAGUUACGGUUUCCGAGUGUCAGAGACUCAAACGUGCAGGGGAAGAAGAGGAGACUUAGGAGUGUUAUAGAGUUUGACUUGGCUCGCAUGAAGGAGUUGGUGAAAUGUGUUAUUGAUUGAAGACACUGCUACCUGGACGGGAAACAGGACAGGCCUGACAGCUGUGUAAAAUGAAACAACGAAUACAUGGCAGUGCUGCGAGAGUAAUCAUGACCACUGUUCUGGACUGGUUUUUAUUACCUCGCAGGGUUCUUUCUGGUUAUAUCAGGUUUUGACGGGCGGAUUAAUGCUGGCUAAACCUUCCCUCUCUUUGCAGUGAAGCUCUCUCUGUUUCUAAUUAAUGUGCCUCUCUGUCUGGGAUGGAAAAUGCUUGGUUUAAAAAGAAGCAGCUCUUUCUCUGCUUUUCCCUGUAAUACGUUUCUUACUAAAGCCAUCAUUACCAGUUCUAUAUCCCAGUUUAAAAGUAUACUGAGCAAAGCCCAAAGCCUCUCACUGCUUGUUGUAUUUGCAGAAGGAUGGGUUUAAUAGCAAAUAUUUAUCACAGAGUGCAGUUGGAGCCAGAGACCUCAGCUGCCGGCGCUCGCUCGCUAAGGCCUGAUACUACUGCGUAGAAGAGGAGGGAAGGUGGGGACAGCAGGGAGACGUGGAGAGAUGCCACGUGGGAGAGUGAAUUAAUGAGGCACCAGCUCUGUGACCGUACAGUAGCCGAGUGUGUAGCUGCUGAAUGACAGCUAAAUGAGACAGGCCAGAUUUCCCCGCUGUAAUGCAUGCGUUUAGAUAUGAAGGUUAACAAUGGGCUGUUUUAAUGAGAGGAGGUGGACGGACUGGUUGAGGUCUGAGAUACUGUCUUAUAAAAGAUACUGUUUCAGUCCAAGUUUAAAAUGCAACAUCGCAGUCCAGCUGGGGCUUGUUUUGCAGAAUUUUCCAGAGAGAGUGUUCAAAAAGAGACUGUAAUUAAACUCACCUGAAUCCAAAACAACUCCACAGACGUCUAACCAUUCUAACCAUUGAUUCUGGGUGAGAAUCAAAUAAAAACAUUUAAAAGAAUUAAGAUCUAUUUGAAUAUGCAGUAACACUUUGUUUGAUGUCUAUCUCUAUAACGCGUUAUAAAUAUAUGUAUAAUACGUUAUAACCACAUUAUAGCACUUUAUAACUAUAGUUAUAAACACUCAUAAAUUGAUCAUAAUGCUUUAUAGCAAUAAUCAUAACACAUUAUAAAGCAUUUUAUUGUGACUUAAAAGGUCAGGUAUUAUAAUAUGUUGUAACUGUUAACAACUCACUGACAAUGUCCACAGAGAUAAUGCAAUGCAACUGAUGUUAACAGUUAUAACACAUUAUCAUACCCGACCUCAUAAGUCACAAUAAAAUGCUUUAUAAUGUGUUAUGAUUAUUGCUAUAAAGCAUUAUGAUAAUUUAUGAGUGUUUAUAACUAAAGUCAAACAGUGCUUUAACGUAAUUAUACUGCAUUAUGAAUAUAUUUAUGAUGUGCUACAGAGAUAGGCGUCAAAUAAAGUGGUACCUAAAAGAAACUAUUUCACCAAAGACAUCUUGAAAAAACAGUGAAAACUGACUAUAAGGUCGGCACUGACCGUAACACAAGAUUGAUCACUGCUAAGGUGAUACACAUCUAAGUAUUGUACCUAUUUCUCAAAUAUACGCCCACUGAAGAGAGUCUUAUGAUACUCCAGAUCAUUUAUUAGAAUGGUCUGUAAUGGUCAGGUAACGCCGACAAAUGUGGAAAAAAAGGUGAGGUGGAUUGUAAGUUGAGGUAGAUGGGUGAGUUUUAAGAGGGAGGUGAGUCUUGGGUGAAUGAAUGGAAAAUUUUUAACAAUGUCCCCCCUUCCUGGCUCUUUCUUUCUCCCUAACUUCCUCUCUCUCUCCACCUCAUCUCAAUCCCACCCUCCCUCCCCCCAUCAUCCCUUAUGCCUCAGGACAUUACUUCUCAGUUAAAGACAUUUUAAUAGCUUCCUUUUCUAAACAAACCAGCUGCCAGAGGACCAGAUAGUAUCUCUGGCACAGGGCGCCUCCUGGAGGUCACUCAUUAAAGAUGUGGCGGUGAGAGAGAGAGAGGAGGUGUGGGGACUGGCUCGCUCUCUCUUAUCAUCUGCAAGGCCUGCUGUGUGGAGCUCUCAGCACUAGAUGGCAUUGGCAGUGUGCUGUGAUUCUGAACUCGCUUCUUCUUCCUGUUACCUCCUCCGGGGACGAGCUGGACUCAGGGCCAGAUAAAACUGAGUCAGACAUUCCUCACAGUCUGUGUUCAGGUUCACAGUGUAAACUUGUUGCAGUAAGAUUGCACAAUAUUCAUAUCAAGUACUGUGUUGAGUCUCAUUUGCUAUUGUAAGAAAAAAUUGUUUGAUUUAACUAAGAACUUUUAAUUCUACUGUUAAGUCUCUUCAACACAUAAAAAGACAUCUGCUGCAGCACAAUUCUGGCACAAAAACAGAGAGAAAGGAGUAAAAAAAGAAAGAAAGGAGGAGCUAUUGAAGAGCAGAAAAGCAAAAACAAACAGAAACUAGGGCCCCGGUGGGGCACUGUCGGGCCCGAGCCGCGUCGCGCCGCCCCCAGCGCGACCGCCUCCACCUCCCGAUCGCGUCACACUCAAGGUCCAAAGAUGGAGUGCGCACUUGUCUGUGGUCAUUUCCCAUUAUAAUGAAUGGGAGGCGCAGUUUCUACCAAAACACUCGCUGCAGACAAACUACAUGUCCUAUUUGAAAAAAGUCUGGACCAUGAGUGAGGGCACAAACACAGCUAGGAUAUAUCCAAAUGGCAAGUUGCUCCUCCUUUCGCUUUUGCCGAGAGAGCGAUGCGAUUGAGCCGUUGAGCGAUGGGCAGGACUUUUUCUCCUGCCAUGGGGGGAGGGGGGGAAUGUGGAUUCUUUUAAGAAUGUGGAUAUUUGGGUCAUCUUUGGCGCCCCCUAGAACGUAAACCGUGGGGUGCAGCGUCAUGAUUUUUACAACUUUGAAUGGCCAUGGGGUGUAGAUUGGCCUGAGCAAAUUUGGUGUCAGUGGGACGAAAGCCUUAGGAGGAGUUAGCCACAUUCCAAUGUGUGCAAAUCGGCAAAAAAUGCAAAAUAGCCCUUUAGCCGUACAUUUUACAGAUAUUUGCGCAUUGACUUUUUCAUAGAUCUUAUUGAGAUACACGUGAUUGUCAAAUUUUGUGUCAUUUUGACAAAGCGUACAGGCGUGACACUCAACAAUGUGUAUUUUCACCUUAUGGGACAAGAAAAAAUGGACUUUUUUCUCCUGCCAUGGGGGGGCGCUCUUUUGGGGAGUAAAAAUUCCUUCACAAAUGUGUUGAUGGCUGGACAUUGCAUCAUCCUAGAAAACUUGGAGGCCAGUGAGGACAAAAAGAAAAAGUUAUAAGACUUUUAAGAAUGUGGAUUUUUGGGUUAUCUUUGGCGCCCCCUAGAACCUAAACCGUGGGGUGCAGCGUCAUGAUUUGUACAACUUUUAAUGGCCAUGGGGUGUAGAUUGGCCUGAGCAAAUUUGGUGCCGGUGGAACGAAAGCCUUCGGAGGAGUUAGCGAAAUUCCAAUGUGUGCGGAUCGGCAAAAAAUGCGAAAUAGCCCUUUAACCGUACAUUAUACAGAUACGUGCUCUUUGACUUUUUCGUAGAUCUUAUUGAGAUACACGUGUGUGUCAAAUUUUGUGUCAAUAUGACAAAGCGUUCAGGCGUGACACUCAACAAUGUGUAUUUUCACCUUACGGGACAAGAAAAAAUGGACUUUUUUCUCCUGCCAUGGGGGGGCGCUCUUUUGGGGAGUAAAAAUUCCUUCACAAAUGUGUUGAUGGCUGGACAUUGCAUCAUCCUAGAAAACUUGGAGGCCAGUGAGGACAAAAAGAAAAAGUUAUAAGACUUUUAAGAAUGUGGAUUUUUGGGUUAUCUUUGGCGCCCCCUAGAACCUAAACCGUGGGGUGCAGCGUCAUGAUUUGUACAACUUUUAAUGGCCAUGGGGUGUAGAUUGGCCUGAGCAAAUUUGGUGCCGGUGGAACGAAAGCCUUCGGAGGAGUUAGCGAAAUUCCAAUGUGUGCGGAUCGGCAAAAAAUGCGAAAUAGCCCUUUAACCGUACAUUAUACAGAUACGUGCUCUUUGACUUUUUCGUAGAUCUUAUUGAGAUACACGUGUGUGUCAAAUUUUGUGUCAAUAUGACAAAGCGUUCAGGCGUGACACUCAACAAUGUGUAUUUUCACCUUACGGGACAAGAAAAAAUGGACUUUUUUCUCCUGCCAUGGGGGGGCGCUCUUUUGGGGAGUAAAAAUUCCUUCACAAAUGUGUUGAUGGCUGGACAUUGCAUCAUCCUAGAAAACUUGGAGGCCAGUGAGGACAAAAAGAAAAAGUUAUAAGACUUUUAAGAAUGUGGAUUUUUGGGUUAUCUUUGGCGCCCCCUAGAACCUAAACCGUGGGGUGCAGCGUCAUGAUUUGUACAACUUUUAAUGGCCAUGGGGUGUAGAUUGGCCUGAGCAAAUUUGGUGCCGGUGGAACGAAAGCCUUCGGAGGAGUUAGCGAAAUUCCAAUGUGUGCGGAUCGGCAAAAAAUGCGAAAUAGCCCUUUAACGGUACAUUUGACAGAUACGCCCGCACUGACUUUUUUGUAGAUGUUAUUGAGAUACACAUGUGUGUCAAAUUUUGUGUCAUUUUGACAAAGCGUACAGGCGUCAGGUGAGUUUUCACCAUAGGGGGCGCUAUGGAGCCAUUUUUCAUUUUUUUGUUUGGGCGACUUCAGAAUAUCGAAUUUUUCACCAGGCCCGGUCGUCCUGCCAAAUUUCCUGAGUUUUCACCAGUGGGAAGUGGACCAUUUUCCAGUUUAAAGCGGAGGAAAAAUAACGAAAGAAGAAUCCAUCAGGAACAAGAGGGCUCUCGCAGCUGCAUUAUUUGGAAUAAAACACUUCACUGGCCUUUAAUUAUCGCCAACAACCUCCAAAAAAAUCAAACGCCGGAUACAGAUGAAAUAACAAGCGGUGGAAUAAUACAAGUGAUUGGCCGCCUGUAUGCAUAAUUAAACCCCUUCUGGUUAGGAGCUGUGUGUAAAAAAUGGUGAAUAAGUUCCAACAGGGAUCAGUUAAACAGUAAAAAAAUCAAAUCGCAAAAAAAAAAUCGCAAAAAAUGCGAAAUAGCCCUUUAACCGUACAUUAUACAGAUACGUGCUCUUUGACUUUUUCGUAGAUCUUAUUGAGAUACACGUGUGUGUCAAAUUUUGUGUCAAUAUGACAAAGCGUUCAGGCGUGACACUCAACAAUGUGUAUUUUCACCUUACGGGACAAGAAAAAAUGGACUUUUUUCUCCUGCCAUGGGGGGGCGCUCUUUUGGGGAGUAAAAAUUUCUUCACAAAUGUGUUGAUGGCUGGACAUUGCAUCAUCCUAGAAAACUUGGAGGCCAGUGAGGACAAAAAUAAAAAGUUAUAAGACUUUUAAGACUGUGGAUUUUUGGGUUAUCUUUGGCGCCCCCUAGAAUGUAAACCGUGGGGUGCAGCGUCAUGAUUUGUACAACUUUUAAUGGCCAUGGGGUGUAGAUUGUCCUGAGCAAAUUUGUUGCCGGUGGAACGAAAGCCUUCGGAGGAGUUAGCGAAAUUCCAAUGUGUGCGGAUCGGCAACAAAUGCGAAAUAGCCCUUUAACGGUACAUUUGACAGAUACGCCCGCACUGACUUUUUUGUAGAUGUUAUUGAGAUACACAUGUGUGUCAAAUUUUGUGUCAUUUUGACAAAGCGUACAGGCGUCAGGUGAGUUUUCACCAUAGGGGGCGCUAUGGAGCCAUUUUUCAUUUUUUUGUUUGGGCGACUUCAGAAUAUCGAAUUUUUCACCAGGCCCGGUCGUCCUGCCAAAUUUCCUGAGUUUUCACCAGUGGGAAGUGGACCAUUUUCCAGUUUAAAGCGGAGGAAAAAUAACGAAAGAAGAAUCCAUCAGGAACAAGAGGGCUCUCGCAGCUGCUUAGCAGCUACGCUCGGGCCCUAAUCAGAUGCAAGAAAGCCCCUAAAGUUCAGACUUAAACUGUGCCAGAGAGAGGCUUAUAUUAGGCUCACAUAUUGCUUUUUCCUGCAUACCACUUUCAGUACAUACAAAUACCUCACACUGAUUAAUGCAUUGUGAUAAUCAGUCUUGACUAGUACUUGAAGCAUUUCUGCAGCUUAACCUAUGAUUGUUAUUGGUCAGUAGCAAGACAAGUUCAAUUACUGUUUUAAUUUUGAAUAUCUUAAUAGACUGCAAGAGUGGUUCAGUACCUCAGGUUAAAAAAAAUCUUCUGUUUCGAACUUCGCCUCGUUUGUCUUCCUGUUUUUGCAUGUGCUGUGGUGGUGCUGCAUCUGCAGACUGAGGUUUUACCAAGAAGCUCACAUUAGGAUGAGUUUCAGAUCGGCAUCACCAUCACAGGGUUUGAUACUACAGUCCCUGCAAAGAGAAAUGUUCUCUCUAUCAUUUGCAUUUCUUUAACUCUUAAAGAUUUUGUAGUUUUUAUUUCUGACUUCAUGCUCUGAAAGCGUGCUGUAUGUUUGCUGCUGGAUGAGGUGAAGGAAGUUGACCCUGUGUCCCUCAUGUUGCGCCCGAGGGCUGAGCUGUAGUUUGCUGAAAACCUGGCUCCAAUGAAUGACAGCAUCCUUCCUGUUGUGGUCACCAUGGGAACAGGAGAGUGUUUUCCCAAGUAAACCGAGCGAAGCUCUGCACCACAUCAAACAGCGCUGCCGUGAGUCAGCCCGCCGCUCUACAGGGAACCUAACUAUAGCCCGGCUAACUGCUUACAAGGCAGUGUGCAGGACUUUAAUGGACUGUGGUUUCCUACUUGGCCUAGUUGGCUGAGGUUUGUGAAGUCAGUUAAAAUGCCUUGUGUUUGUAUUUUGUUUAAAUAGUUAACCUACAUGCGUUCGCAACGUGCAAUCAUACACAUGCAUGAAACUCCCGUAGAUCUGAUGUUCUUAAUAACCGCUACAUUGUCACCUCCAGCACUUUUGAGCUGCAACAGAAGGAUUACAAAGACGGAGACUGUACAUCUGGAAAAUAUUAAGUGAACAAAUGAGGGCAGCAUACUGCCCUGUGCAACCAAGUGAUGUCAUCCUCUGCACAAGUUCAGACUACACACAGAUGAACCAUGGUCACACAGGCAGAGGGGAGACACAUCAGCAAAGGUGCACAUGAAAGCUGAACGCUAAUGACUUUAUUUAUAUUACAUGAAGUCAAUCCAAACCAUAAAUCCAGGUUCAGGAUUUUCUUCGUUAUCCGUGUGGAAAAUAAUUCCCUUUGCAGUCAGCAGUAACAUGUGCACACAUCACUCCAACAACACCAUAGAAUAAAAUUCCAAUAGACAAUAAAGUGAAAGUACAUUAAAGUACAACAUGCUUGAUUUUAAUCUUCUUUUUAAGUUUUUCAGUGCUUAAGAUAAAGGAUUAGCUCAAUGCAAAGAUAGAUAGAUAGAUAGAUAGAUACUUUAUUAAUCCCCACGAGGGGGAAAUUCACUUGUCGUUCAGCAGCAAUUUCAGAUGAAGAAAGACAAUAAAUCUAUAUAUAAACACUCUUCGAGCCCACGACUAAACCCCCCACACAUUUAAAUCAACAAUGAUCAUUAUGAGAACGAAUAGCAGCAGGAAUGAAUGAUCUCCUAAAGUGCUCCGUCCUACACCGUAAGGAGAGGAGACGCUCCGAUCAGUUGCUCCUCUGACAUUGCACUGUAAUGAAUUAUGCUAUAAAAUAAGUUGACGUCAGCAAAAGUGGAUAAAAACCGAGAAUAUGGACAACAUCCUUUUAAUCACUCAUCAACAGCCUGAAGUUUAAAGGCUCCUGUGAGGAACUUUGAGUUGGUUUAGUCUGAUUUUGGUGCCUCCAGUGGAUCUUAUCUUGCCUUCAAAGUUAUUUCCGGACCAAAGAGGGGGGAAAAAACUCCAACUAAUUCUGAACACUGACUGUAAAUCUUUAAUGUGGAUGAUUUUAAACAAUGACUCAUUCUUUUUAAAUCACUAAUAUUCAAAUUUUCUCACUUUGAAAUAUCUCUGAGAACAAAGAGCCACUUCAAAGCUCUAUUAUGCUCUUUUUUGUAUUUUCGUAUACAGACUAUAAAAUAAAUAAGAUUUCCCUUUACUGAAAUCUAAAGCUGGUGCAGGACCUACAUAGUGUACCAGUUUAGCACUUACUUAGUAUCUCAAGGUUUCAUUGUACUUACCAAAGAAUGUGUUAAAUAUAUUUUCAAAUCACCUGAUAUUUAGGAAAUUUUCUGAAAAUAUGUGGCCCAUAAUAAUAAUAAACUACUAAAUAAAACAUUAUUAAACAUGGGGUUUAUUUUGUGGACAAGAAAAUCAUGAAAUUGAAUGUAUGCGGUAGGUUAAUACUGAGUGAAGUGACAAAGGAAAAUGUGCGAAAGUACAAAGAACCAAAGAGCAGUUACAGGUGUUUGUGGUUUUUCAUGAGGUGAUACUUUCAUCUCACAUUUUAUCAUCUGUUUUAUUAAUAGUGAACGAGCUAAAACACAAGGACAAGAGACCAGAGAGACAAACAUGAGCUCUUUCUCUGGCUGCAAACCGCAGAGGGUGUGCCGUCCUCUUCAUCUCUUUUCCUUGGAAGUGUGAGGUCCUCAUCUCUUAUUCAAUACUCGGCGCCUCAUUUGCCGAAAGUUGCCUUGGGUGUUUUGUUUUGGAUCCUCUCUCCUCCUGCUUCAGCUUUAAAAAAGAAAUGAAGCACAAGGAAAAGUGGUUUUGUUAUGAAGAGAUAAAGUAAGAUUUAAAUAGAUCAUUUUAGAGUAGCAGGACCUGUUCAUGCUUUACCUUCUUUUGUAUUUACAGCAUUUUAACCAAAUCUCCUGCACACUACUGCCUCCCACUGUUAAAAACCACAAUCCCAAAAAACAUAAUAUGUAAAAUAUUAAAGGUUAAAAAAAGAAAAGUAUCACUAUAUGUAUCGGCUAAGAAAAUCUGCUUUUCUUUAAUAUUAAUUAUCCCUUGAUUACACAUUUAUGACUGUCUUUUUAAUCAUCUUAUCCUCUCCUGUACAUAUUUGCAUGUCAUAGACUGCAAACAUAAUCAAUAUUCAAUUAGUUUACGCAACUCUUGAUAGAUUUGCAGAGGGAAACAUACAUGCGACAGCCUGUGUGGAGAUGUAAUCUGUAACUGGAGCACAACUCCAGGCAAGCUGUGUAACAUUGGGACUCUGGUGGCAUCUACAGGGCAUGUGUGUGUGGGCAUAAUUGCAUGACAGGACCAUUGUGGAGGCCUGGCACACAAACAAAGCCCAUCACUGUGGAUUUCUAUGUGCUUUCAUGCAUGUUACACUGAAGAGAGUUCAGUGAGAUGGAUUCAGAGGUGUUGGGGAGGAGGGUGGUGAUUGUGAUUGUGAUGGUGGCAGUGGGUUUGGUUAAUGUCUGCCUCUCUGCUUCGUACUGCAUACUGCAACGGACAUAUGCACUGUCAUAUAGUCUACAUAAGAGGGGCACAUUAUUGUUUGUACACUGUGGGAGAGGAAUGGCACUCUGGUAUUUGCACAGGCUGAAGUGAGUCUCUCUCUGUGUUGUUUAUAUAUAGCGAUGUAAAGGGUUGUAAUAAUGAAUGUUUCUGUGGGUGGUGGGCAGGAUAGUCUGUCAUACAGACAUCGACGCUAAUGACCUUAAUCAUGACCUCGUUGCAUCACCAUGGUUACCUCCUACUCUCUGCCGGGAGUUAAGAGUGUGAGGGUGCCCGGGACUGUACUUUACGUGUCACUAAAUUACACGUUUACCAACAGCUUGUGAAAACAAUGCAUGCAUGGAGAUGGAUUGUGUUGGAAAAAAUAUGUAAAAUUAUCUCUUACAUUGCCCUGUGAUUGGGUAAGUGGCUGUUUCUAGAGAUGCAUUCAUAACUGCAUUUACAUCCUCAUCUUUGUUGCUUAACAUGUGUCUCUGUUUGCAUUGUAGGUCUUGUUGGAUAUCAAUGUUGUUUUGUUUGUUUUAUUUACGGCUACUUUUGUGGAGGCAGUCCAUUUUCCUUAGAGGACAGUUAAAGCUCCUGAGGGGAUCUUUCAGUUUGUCAAUUUUGUUGCCCCCUGUGGAAAAGCCGUCUUUGCCUAAUUACCCUGAACAUGUUUGAGUAUUGACUUUUGACCAUGCGUGGCUAACACCUACCCCUUCACACAAGUUCCAGGCAUGAAAAAUUAGAAAAUAAAAAUAGUCAGUGUUGUCACUGAUGGUUUUGGGUCUUAUGAAGAGGCAACUGUAUAAAUUUCCGUCUUUUUUAUUAACAUCAAAAAACUUCCCAUAGGAGCUUUAAGUGUAUGACAUUAUUAUAACCCUUUGUAGUCAACAUGUCUAAAGCUCCUGUAAGGAAUUUAUGGUUUGUUUAUAUUGUACAUUUAUUUCAUUGAUUAUAUUUAAAUAUGGAUGUAGAGACUGCUUUCUUUCAACAAAAAAGGCCACUGGGGUUUAGGUUCACUUGCAUCUGUGACUCGUUCAAUUAUCAGUCCGGUUUGAGUGUUAAAAAAAUAAUUUAUUGUUCAAAAAAGGAAAGAAAAUACACUGAUCCAGGUCUAAAACCUUUGCCUUCAAAUGAAAAAAGUGAUAUGCUGUGAUGAGGCUGAAACAGGAUGAGUGAAACGGUGACAAACGGUCAACAGAAAAUUAUCAGAGCUUACCACAACCUGUUGUCUGACUACACCGGUGAGAUUUAAAUAACCCGCCGAACAUCCCAAAACCAUACCCCUCAGUGAGAAUCCCUGGAUGUGACAUACCUAGAAUCAUAAAUCAUAUCCUAAACAAAUAUUUUGGCUCUUACAAUGGACAUCAUGCCUCUAUCUUUUUACAUUGUGAGAAAGGAUUAAACCCACAGCUAGUCACCAGGGGGAGCUCAAAACAUUUAUGUUUCACUUUCUAGGAGUGGUUGUGUUGCAGUUUUAAAUUAUCUGGUUUAUACUGAUGACCCCUCUAGACUAAGCUGUGCCCCUUAUCUCUUGUCUCAUAUUAUCAUGCACAUGUGCAAGCAUGCUGUCAUCAACUUCUUCUGACACCUGGUGGCAGUGGUUACAAGCAUUAAACAUUAUGCAAAACUGUCAUAAUGUUUUUGAUGGUUUUGGUUACAGGAGACAUCAAUAUCACAAUAAGCUUAAAGUUCCUCCUGAGAGAUGUAAGAACUUUGGUCCAAUAUUCCUAACACCACAAGAUUUGGAGACCCCUUUUACUUUACUGAAUUUCAUGAUGGAUUUUAAAUGUACUUUUUUAUUUCCCUGAGAGUUUUCAGUGAGUAAAGUCAGUGAAAAUAUUUUAAAUGUUCAAACCUUAUGGAGGGGAUCUACUUUAAUCUGAAGACAGCAGACUCAAGCUGAGAAUGUAAGACGGAUCCAUAAAAGUGGAAUGAAACUGCUGAUGUAACUGCCACCAUGAAGCCAUGUGGUCUUAAGCAUGCAUUCAUUUAUUCACCAUGUCACUUAAGUGGAAAAAAAAAAACAUCUGACUUCUCUCUUUUGAAAUAGUCGAUGACUUCUGACUUUAUUUAUGGUUUUAGAAUCAGAGUCUGGAGGUAGUUUCACUUCCUCUCAUGAUUGUCAUAGUGGCAUGUUGUAUUUUGACAUAGAAUGUAAGAUAUUACGGCAGCAAGGGGAAGCGUAAUUUAAACAUCGGUCCACUGAUUCACAGUAGUCAGUGUAAGACAUUCUGCUUUGUUUUUCUUGUUUACUUCAUCUGACCCCAUCUCCUCCUCAUGAGGCACUUUAAAGGUUUCUGGGCAUCAGUGACUGACAAAGAGGGCAAACAACAGCAAAGUGAAAUCCAAGCUUCAAAAAGUUUUGAAAAAAAAUCUAUAUUUUGGAUCAACUCCGGAUCUGCCAGAAAGAACAAGGAGAAUUUAACAAUGAGGAGAAUUUCGAAUCGCUGCAAACAUAUGAAAACCAUUUUGUGCUCAGAACGCUCAUAUUUUCUUUCUGGGUAGCCACACACAUUGAAAGUGGAGCGCUUAAAACAAGGCAGAACCAGAUGUUUCGGUGACAUGAGAACAAUUAAAGCGAUUAGAGCGGGUCGUCAGAACUAAAGCAGAGUUCGAAAAACUUAAAGCUCUUUUUUUAGACCUACCUAGAGUUCAUCUGCGUUACAAUGUGCUCAGCAAAAGUCAGAGAAGUCCCAGUGUAGCUCUACAGUCCCAUAACUCUUCUGGCAUGCUUCUUGUUUAAAACCACUCACCUCCCAUUUUUCAUCCACUUUCCAUUCAAUAGCCUCUCUUACCACUACCCAACAACUCUCCCCAGAGCCAUUAGGCUGAAGUUACCGUAGCGAACAUUGUAUAUGCAUAAACACAUGCUCUUUUUUAGACUCUUUUUCUCUUUUAAAAGCGACAGUUUAUUUUACAAAAUCAGAGUGUGGGUUAGCGUGUCUGCACUUUACAUCUUGUUUUCAAUGCACAAACCACAAAAGCGCAAGCCGGGCCAAGCAGAACUCAGACUUGAAAGGACUGCUGUGAUUGGAAGAAAAAUGGAGAGGGAGAGUGCAGCGGCGGCAGCGGCAUGGAAAUCAGAAAAAAUCAUGUAGGUUUGAGUGUGUGUUUGUCAGUGUGUGUUUGUCAGUGUGUGUGUGAAGCAGCUGGUUCUGGUCAGCUGACAGCUAUUGCAGACAUUGAUUUGUAGGGUGAGCCGGGCUGGGCUGAACCACGCACAGCUGCAGCCAGUGUGUGUGUGUGUGUACUAGAGGAAGAGAGAGAGAGGGAGGGAGAGAGAGCCGUGUAAGGCUGCCAGUGUGGAAGCUCAGCGAAAGCAACAUUAGGAGCUGGAGGCUGAAGAGUGGCGGUACACACAGAGAGCUUGCAAAGUAGGACCAGGAUAGUUGACAAGGAUGAAGUGAAGCCUCAGUUUUCCUAGAGCGCCUGAACACAGCACGGCACCACUGGCUGGACCAGGGGCUGAUUGGACCUGACUGAAGCAGAUUGUUGAGUUCAGGUUAACUAGGAUAAACCAGGAACUGCAGUCCAGGGGAAGCCCGGGGAUCAGGCUGGAUCAGGGGGUGACAGCAGUGGAUUAUGGGUUGUUCGGCAAGUGUGGUCCUUCUUCUUCGUUCAGUAGGCGGGGCUGACUGCGGUCACAUGUGUUCGAGACAGGACCAGAUAUCAUUGGAUGCUGCAACUCCCACCCUUGAGGGUUACACCAGUACCACCUCACCUCUGACCAUCAUUGUCAUGGUAACUAGCAAUGCUGCUGCUGCAACCUGCUGAUUUCCAAAGCCUGACAACUUAGUGCAUGUGUCUGCAGGUAGAAGGGUCUACAGUGUGUGUUUUUGCAGUGUUUGUGCGCAAAACUUGAAUGUGCAUGAAUAAAUAGCUCCGUACGUUUCAGCUUCUAAUGAUUGAUGGAUUCAUGAACCAUAAAUUUGAAGCAGAACUUCACGUAUAAACGUAAUAGUCAAAUUCCUGCAUCCUUCCAUUGCCUUCUACAUCCCCACCUUACCCUCUUUAACUUUCUGCGGCUUUCUUUUCCCGUAUUGCCGAGGCUGCAGUAUGAUCGAUGAGCCAAUGGGGUCUGGUUGUCACCCAUCACAGCUGAGAAGCAGAAGGACGGAAAUGGAGAGAGGAGAAUGGAGGGGGAUGGUGGGGUCAGACAUGAGGAAUUUAGUUUCUGUGGGAAAAAUCCUCUUUCUCUGCAUAUGGCUCACAGAGAAGAUGAUAAAAAUAGCAGUUCAAACAGACCCAUGAAUAAGAUGCAGAGGGACCGAGCUUGUAAGUGAAUGAAUAAAGACAUAUAAUGUAAGGCUGGAUGAAUGAAAUAUAUCAGUGUACAUGUGUGCUUCCCGUUCAUGACUUCUCUUUCAGUGAAGUGAUGCAUGUGAGCCAUCUGUUUGGUAUCUGUAUCCAUUAGUGUUGGCUGGAGGUUUUAUUCCCAGAAAGACCCUGGUUUCUGAAAGCCCAGUGGAAAAAAUGUUCGAGUUUUGGCAGGGUGGGAUUUUUACAGUCGCCCUUUUUGUCUCCCUUUUUUUCCCUCCCCCCAUUAACCUUUCAUGUCUGUCCUCUUGCCUGAUUUUCUGGCCUCUCUGGCGAAGCAGAAUCAUAAGUUUAACUUGCAAAGUCAUGUUUGCAUGCUGAUUCCUGCAAUGCAAGCAUAAGAAUGUGUGCCGUUGUAUUCAGGCCAGUCUCUGCUGAAAACUAGCGCACCAACUCCACUUUCUGCUGAUGUAGCGUGCUAUAGUUUCUUUUUUGAGAGCAGGAGAUUUAUUAGCACAACAAUGCCAACUUUUUUUACACUUCUCCGAGCUGAAACAACUUAAUGGUGUGGAAAUGUUGGAGGUAGUUUUUGAACCUCGAAUUAGUAACCCCAACUUCUUGAAGAACAGAAAUGGCACUGUUCUCAAUAGCAGCAGGUUUCUGCAGCACAGUUUUAUGUUCAAGGCAGAGGUCCAAUGUGUGAUUCAUUAGUGAUGAUUUACACACUCUUUAAGAAAGCCAGGUUAAAGAAUCAAGCAAAAAAAAUAAAAAAACAGCAUAAAAAUGAAAUCUGAGAAAUACUACCACACAGCAGCAAAAAGACAGAGAACAACAGAGGCUCGAGUACAGAGCCUUGGGGAACUCCAAAGGUCAAAGGCGGCCCUGGCAACUAUGAAACCAACAUUAGGUUAAGACAUCUCUGUCUAAGUUUGUCUCUAUGUGUAAAUACACACACACAGUAUUCUGCAUGACAUAACGAUUAUGUAAUUUCCACUGAAUUAGCUGUCAUUCUGUGGUAUCAGUGCUGUAAUCAUUUGCAACUUCCUUGGUCAGAAGAAAUUGGUGUCAUGAUAUAUGUUCUGGUAUUUAGUUUUCCCCUAGUUUUGGUUAUCAGAGUAUAUUUUCUUUGUGCUUCCUAGUGUUUCUGUUCCCCUGUAGUCUUGUCUUGAGUUUUCAAUUUGUGUCUGAUCCCACUUCCCUCAUGUUCUCAGUGUUUUAUUCCUUAUCAGUGUUUCCUGUUUUAUUUUGAGGUAGUUUAUUCCCUGUGUUUCUAGUCUUGUUUUACUUCCUCAGUUUUCCCUCCUCAGUAAUUGUCUGAUCUUGUGUCUCUGUGUCUCACCUGCCUCUCGUUGCUCGUUUCCCUGUGUGCAUAUAUAGUCCUUGGCUAUGUCCGAAAUGGAUCCCUAACCCUUAUAUAGGCGACUAUAUGGGGGUCAUUUUGAGGGGUGUUCGAAACCUGAGUGUGAGUGAUCAAUUCCAGUGCCCCAUAUAGGCGACUCAAAAUUUCCCAUAGAGCAUUGCAAAAUGUAGUGACCAUCCGAUGGUCACUCACCGGUGGUGGGCAUCCCGUCAUGCAUUACGUCUUGCCAUGUAGUGUCCGAAACCUCCAGUAAUUGAGCUCACUACAUAGUCAGCUAUAUAGUGAAACCCCAUAUGGGGAUUAGGGGUUAGGGAUUGAUUCAUUUCGAACACAGCCAUAGUCUUCCCCUCUUUCUUUGUCGGUCCAUGCCUCUGCAUGUAUGUCUUAGUGUCUCCAGUCUUGUGGAUUUCCCCCCAGUGCUUUCUGUUGGUUUUUGCCCUUUUGGGUUUUUGAGUUGAAUAUUUUUCAAGUAAGUUUUUGUUGCUUUUUAUUUAGUUAUUUUUUCAUUAAACCACUUUUUGUUCUGCAGUUGUGCCCUUUUUCUGUUUGUUUGGCUCCGGAAUGUGACAAUCGGACCAAAAAUACUACCAGUGUAGCUGUUGGAAUCAAGUAAAACUCCAGAAAUCUGUAAACUUUAUCUCAUUUUUAUUAUGUUUGACUGUAAAAAGUAGGGACACAGGUGGAAUUACAAACCACAAACCAAAAGGGCAAGAUCUAAUGCACACUCAAUAAGUCCUUGUUCCCUGGCUGUCAGACAUUGUAGUUCACUGUCCGUCUCCAUCCAUCACCCCCUCUAAACUUGACACUCUGUCUGUUCUCCUGUCACUGACACUGACACUGUGGUCAGCGAAAGAAUGCAGAUACUUCACUUUCUCUUUUGCCACUGUCAGUCCUCGCCGCUGUUGACCCCUGAAAACUUCUUGAGUGACAUUUGAAAAUAUGUUUUUGUCUAGUUAAUCAGUCACGGACAAGAAUUUUGGAUUUCUGCUAUUUUCCAUCUGGGUUUCUGAGAGUUUGGAGAACCAUCAGUGGAGUAAACAGAUUGAAGGAGAUGUGUGAAGUGAGCAGGCAACAUGCAGGUGUGUCGUUUUCUUGUUAGAAGAAGUUACAAACAGGUUUCAUGGCUCUUCACCUCACCACGUCAAAUUGAACCUCUAAAAGUCGAGAUCAGAGGAGGAGACUUUGCUCAGAAGUAUGAUCCCUAUUAGUCCCACUGUGUCUCUCUGCAAACCCUGUAUCGCUUUAAUGAUUCAAAGCAGAUGGUUUCUGUCUAGUUUCUUCUCCCCUCUGCUGUCUCAGCUGUCCUCCUCUUCCCACUUCUCUACUCUCCUUUGUCCCUCGAUCAAUCUGUCACACUCUUUUUCUUCUUCUUCCACACUUCCCACUCACUUUGUUUUUGUCACACUUUCCUCACAUCUAUUAACAGGAUGAUAAGCCCUCGGAUACAGAGCAGCUUGUGGAAAUAGUCAAACUCUGUGAUUUCUCUCCGUCUUUUUCUCCAUCUUUCCUGCUCUUCUUUUCUCCUGACUAAUUCAGCAGACCCUCCCUGCUCCCCCAUUGUCCCACGUCCAUGUUCACAGUCACGCUGUGAGCGGCCAGUCUAGUGCUCUAUUUGCGCACUCCACACAGCCGUAGUUUACCAACAUCAUCGCCCACUCUUUUUCUCACCCCUGCUUAAAGGGAGGGAGAAGGAAAACAGAGAGACCCUGGACUGACAUAGAGAUGUUAAAAAGGGGUGUUUAACCGGAUGAGAACAAGGGAGCAGAAGAGAGACAGAGGGAAUCAAAGGAUGAAGAAAUAAAGGAGUGGGAUGUGGUGAUAGGAGGGAGGACAAAUGGAGGGAUGGGGCCAGCUGAGGCAGCUGGAGCAAAAGAGAGGAGGGAGAGAAUGAAAGAGGGAUCGCUGCUUACAUUAGAUAAACUUGAAGGAGUGCAGUGCCAACCAUCAAAGGCUCAUUAACGUUAUAAGAUUAGGAAAACAUUCAGCAGAUUAAGAUUAAUGAGUUACUUAGAAGUGUCUGUGCUUGGAGGUUUAUUACGCCGUGUUACUGUUUUACCGUCUCUUGAACAUCUGAGAGACAGUAAUGAAUUAUGGUGUUACAGAGCAGUCUCAUUUCACUCAUAAACUCUCACAAACAUCAAGAUGCUAUCUCAGGAAAACGUCUGCAACUCACACUUUUAAAGCCACAAGAAACUUUCCAUGAGGCGUCGUACCGUCUUUGCACCUAAACCUCAAAUGCGUCUAAAAUUUGAUCCAGGUGAUUGAGUAUAACCCUUAAAUAGAAUAAUACAAAUAAUGUGACCUUUCGACACAGAAGACUUUCCCACAUUUUAGUUAUCUCAAAUACUCAGUAAGCACAAGCAACACAUUGAAAACAACACAGACAUGAAAUUGAAACAACAUUUUCCUUAUUUAGCCCUCUAUAAGGUGAUUAAUUGUUAUUAUUUAUUUCUGUAUUUAUUCCUUUGCUGUUGUUUAUGCUGCUUUGUUGAUUUUAACUGUUUUGAUGAUUUUAAUUGUUAAUAGUGUUUUGUUAUCAUUGUUUUAUAUGUUCUGUAAAGUGUCCUUGAGUGACAUGAAAGGCGCUCUAAAUAAAAUUUAUUAUUAUUAUUAUUAUUAUUAUUAUUUGGGUUUCUUUAUUUAGUUGUUUUUAACAGAUUAAACAGAUUUAGGCCUGACAUUGCCCAGUUUAUUCUGUUUUCCUGGGGGUGCCUUAGCAGCAGUCACUGACGAAAGUGAGUGCUGGAAGCGAUCGUACAGACCUGCAACCAAUCAGAAUACCGCAGCAUGGCAUGUGAUGAAACAAACAGCAAUAGUGAUGUGAAAAGACAGCGGCAUGCAGAGGAAAAGAAAAGUACUUUUCUCCCAGAUUAACUAUCUACAUCCACUUUUUCAGUCUUGUUAGGACGAAAUAAAUCAUGAGGUUCGUUUAAUAGAGUUUUAACAAGCAGCAGCUGCCAUCCUGGUUGUUCUUGAAAACACUGAAGCAUCAUUUUUUGUAACUUAUAACUUGAACUAUUUAUAAGUCAAGAUUUUUGCACUCGCAUGAUACCAAGUUGUCACAUACUGUUGCAUAUUUGCAACAAGUGUAAUGGUGAAUUUGAUAUACAAACACAUAAAAACAUAGUCUAUAUUCUUGGCUACGUAACAGUCAUUCUGCCUACCUCCCUGCAACAGCAUUUCGUCAGGAUUAGGAUUUCUUCCCACAGUAGCAGCAAGAUAUUUCACCCCUGGGACCUGCAGAAGAUUCAGAGAAACUGGCAUUAGUCAGAGAGAGUCCCCGGUGGGGGAUCAUUGCGUUAAUCCAUCAGUGUUUGAAAGAACUUCAAAUGGCACUUGAAGUUUUGUGUUCAUAGGUAAAAGAGUUUGUUGUACCAUCAGAGUUUUGUUUCCUCUUGUAGAGAUCUCUGUUCUGCUCUAAGGUUAGUGCUGGGGGAAGUGAGUAUAUACAGUAAAUGUGUACAGGCCAAACAUUUUGUUGAUUUUUGUAAAUCUGUGAUGUUUUAAUGUGGUUUUUUUAAUAAGUGAGAAAAACAACAUCUAUGAAAGCAUAUUUAUUUCAUUUUCCACAGUUUUAUGAUGUGACUACCUGUAUAAGACAGGCCAGCUUUUGAACAGGAAGUCCAUAGUUUGCACGCUCAUAUUUGUGUGUGUGAGUUGACAGUGUGCCGUUGAUAAUAUUGGACAUGAGCAGAUAAGGUGCUGAGGGUCACACUGAGGGUGUGCUGGUUCAUGAUAGUGAUUAACAGAGAAGGGGAUGUGUUUGCACUUUAAGUUUACUGGGGGCCGAAAGAUGUUAACUGUAUUUGUUUGUUGGAGAUAACAGAGUCUGGUCUUGCUGUGCUGAACUCAGAAAGCGAAAGACUUUGAUGGUAUGAUGUGUAGAGAAUAAAGCACCUCAUUGGUUCGUUGCUCCUCUGCUGGGGAUUUUCUGUUUGUGUGGUUGUGUGUGUGCUCAAGUGUGAGUCGGACACCAAACACCAACUUCCUCUACAUCCACGUGUGCCGACACACACUCACAAAGCCGCUCAGUGUUACUUCUGUUUCUGUUUAGGGCACAUGCCUGCGAUGUGCGAUUUGUGAAGAUCAGUUUUGUAUUAGCGGUAAAUGUAAAGUUGAAAAGGUGAAGUGUUGCUGUUUGUUUUCUGUACACCUUUGAGUUUUGCAAUGAGCUUCAGGAGUAAAAUCACCUUCAGGAAGAGACUAAAGAGCAAACGAGUGAGAUCGGAUUUCACCCGACUGAGCAUCGUAUGUAUUUUUAUUUUUAUUUUUUAAAUUUUUUUAUCACAAUGUCAAGUCACAUAUCUGGUGCUUUACUCUCUAAACUAUUACUUAUAGACUGUCACAUGGCUAUGGCUUACUAUGAGUUGCACACAUACUGUCAGUCAUCGUCUUAAUGAUUCAUUCAGCUCUUAAAAUAUGAGAUCUUUCACAUCUAAAGAUAUGGCCGUUUCCCCCCAUUGAACAUGACUUUGUGAAAUCUAAUUAUUUGUGUAUUAAAGUUGCUCACUUUUCAGCUCAUGUGGGGAAAACCAAACUUUCUCCUGUAAUGUUUUCACUGAUGUCACAUAGGUUAGAGCAGAGUCACAGGGAAUCUUUGGAAACCCCAAACUGUAUCUCAUGGCCUGGUCUGACCUUUCCAACCUCACAUUUAAUCUUGUCAUCUACUGUACUUACAUUACUGUUUCCCGGAAAAGCAAACUUUUUUGGUGUGAGAGUUUGUUACGAAGCUUCUUAUUUUGAUUCAGUACAUACAUAAUUCAUCACUCAAAUGUGUAUUGUGACAUGCAGAUUGAUAGUCCGGGGAUAUGAUGUUAGAUAUAGCUUAUAAAAAAAACACUUAUUAUAAAAUCAGACACCUUCAUCCUGCAUGUUUAGUCUAAAUUAAAGCUCCUGUAAGGAACUUUUGGUUUGGUUGGUUUGUGUUUUAAAGUUUAAGUAGCAUCAAGUGCCAGUCAUAUGUAUCAUUUCUUGUGACUACUUGAUGUGAAAAUUGUAAAAAAAAAAUUAGCUUUUUUCAGCUUUUCGGCAUCUGCGUCGCAUCAAAAAUAUAAUACACAAAUUGUCAAUCUUGCUCCUGAUGAUCUUGUUUGUUUUUGGCUACUCGUUUAAAGACUUGAGUAUAAAUUUCAGUUUAUUUUACAAACAUAAAUAAACUCCUCACAUGAGGAGGAGCCAAAAACAUAAAGAUAUCUAGUUUACACUAAAUAACAAGCAAAAGGAACAAAUAUGGUUGAAUGAGAAGUUAAACGUUACAAUUUUUUGCAUUUUUUGUCAAUUUCUUAUUCUUACAUUGUCAAAUUAAGUCCAUCAGUGCGUGAAAGUUUUACCACUAAGAAAUAAGGAACAAAAACUUGACAUGAACUCCAGAUGCUUAUCUUGUAAAACCCAGAUGAAUCUCGUCGACCUUGUAUAGGCCUACUGCAUGGUGGUAAACUUGAACAGUAUGGAGAGUAGCAGUGGUGCAUAAACAAAAGGUUGCUCUGAAACAGACAGCGUCUGAGUUACAUUCUCGUUUCCCUCUUGGUUGCGUUCCAGCAGACCUGUUUUUUCUGUUAGUGUAGCUGUGGUGUGUAAAAGCUCCGGCCUGCAGUGUGUGCGUGUGAACUAAAACCAGAGAUCAUUACUUCCUCACCGCAGCCUGCUUCAAGCUCUUACUUCGCUGCUGUUUCGCUUGCUGUUGCCUGAAUGACAAAGUGAUCCACCAGUCCACGUUGCGUGUUUCACAAAUCUAAAAUGAUGUUUUCGGAGGGUGACUCAUUGACAGGUUACAUAAUCUUUCAACAAUUUAUUAGACGCCUGAAAUAAAAAAGGAAAGUAAGUGCGUAUUAGAUUGUUUGGUCUGCAAUGCAACAGUGUCGUAUGAGUUCAGCGCUAGUGGUUUUUAUGCACUAAAGGUGUCUAAACCGGGUUUGGAGGACAGCACGAGAACAGGUGUCCACAUUUAGAAGCAACCUUUGUGUGUUUGAGGUUUAGAAAUGUCAGUAAAUUCAGGGCCUUGUCACAAGUUGAAGUUUUCAUAUAGCUUCUGGGUUGUAAGUUGGUUAAAUGAAACUCUGUGGGGUGUGUUGAAGCUUCACUGUUGAAGCUGUCCAGAGACUUCCUUCAUGGUUAUUUCAGGUCCUGGUGAUGUCAUGGUAAAACACAGGAAGUGCUUCUGUCUUUGACAAAUGACAAAUGUACUUUAUAUUGCUUUAUUACCUGCUGUCAAAAUCUCUCAGAAUUGAUUUGAGAUACGAAUUAAGGAGCUUUAAGUCUCUAAAGCUCAAUUUUUGUUGUUGUUACAUAAUACCGUAUUACUCUACAUGUAUUUAUAAUGACAGUUCAAGUUUUGUGUUGUAAACCUGACAAAAAUUCAGUUUUCCAAGUGUUGUCUGCAAGCUUUUAUAGUCAGCUUACAAUACUUGCCACUACUUUUCAAUCCUUUGUAAUGAAAUAUUUUACUGUUUUAUUAUAAUUUUACAUAGUAUUUAUGUCAAAUACCAAACACAUCAUGUGAAAACUGACUGGAUGUUUCUGUUUUCAUUCGCAGCAGGAAAAGCCGAAGGUGAUCGAUCCUCUCGACUAUGAGACAGUGAUCUCUGAACUGGGAGACGAGUUGAAGGAGGACCCUCUCAGAGACUUGCUCCUGUUCCCUGAAAAUGAUUUCUCGGUGAGUUGGUGUUUCAAUCUGAGCUCAGUCAAGACUCAACCAUAUUAUAUAACGAAGUUGGAUAUAAAUCUAAAACUUUUAUCUAACCAAGAUCAUUUUAAGCAUCAAUUAUUAUUUUAAAUGUCAACAGAUAAGUUGCAAAGGGCUCGCUAUUUAUAACCACAGCUACCGUCAAAACAUACUUUUCUCCUUUUUCUUUUAUGCAAAGAGACAUGAUACUUUUUAUCAGGAGCGCAGGUGUUGAGUUUCACUCAGCCUGUCUGCAAUGAUGAUUUGUGGUUUGAUUAGAGUGCCAGAAAGUCCCUCCACAUCUGUCAUAACAUUACGUCAAGCUAGAGCACACUGCAGCCGCCACGCUUGGCUUCUUAUAGUUAAAACAAGAGUCGCAGAAACAACCAGACCCUUGUUUAAAUCCUGCUAUAUUACAAGAAAGUAUUGAAAAAGUUGUACCAUGCAGAUCUGUAUUAAUCAACAAUAAUCACUCCAACGUUUUCUUCAUGCUGCACAUUUCAGUUCAGUUAAUUCUGAGGAGGGACUUCUGGUUUAGGACAACGCAGUGACUGAUCCCAUCCCAUAAUGCAUGUAUCAUUGUAUAGAUGUAAACAUAACAUGGAUGGACAUGCCUCUUGUGUUUAUAUGGAGGAUUAUUUCACAGUAGAAGCUCAGAUUUGAUCUGAAUACAGUCCAUGCUGUGUCUAAUUUGAUGAAGAUGUAUUGUUAUUAAACAUACGACAUGGGAAAGAUUUCCUCCACUCCUGCGUGACACACUUCUUCACUUUAAUCACGCAUGUUCAUCAUUAGGGUCUUUUCAUUAACGUCAACUAUUUAUUGUCUUCGGCUCCCCUCAGCUCUUUGUUUAUUAUUGCUUUCAUUACCGAGCUAAUGCGUUUCUACAGAUGCGAAUCCGCUGCACAUGAAGAUGACCUAAUAGCUGCUCGUUGUAAAGAGAAACAUUCGCUCGUGGACCCUGAAGUUGUAGCUUUAAUGCACGAUCCUGCUGGUUUCAAGCUCCGUCUGGCCUCAAACGCACAAUCUUCUCUGAUUUUUCUUUGUCUCCGCAGCCCACAGUCAAUUUCCAUAAUUGUAAGUGAAAGUGGCUUGGCAGGGUACUGCUAAUGCACAAAAGGCAUUUACUAGAUUUGCUUCAUUGCCAGUUGGUUCACGAGCUCAGCGCUCAGAGCCAGCUGAUUUGGAUGUGUAAAUCAAAGUCUGUCUGUGUUUGCACACAAUCAUCUGCAGUGCUGACUUGUUUUCAUUUCUUUUAGAAAAAACAUCUCAUGUAUUAAAGCUGUUGGAUUUACAUGCAAUGGUUAUUAUAGUCGUGGGUCUAAACCCUGGACUGAUCAACAGUUUGACGUGUGUUAAUGUGCUGAGACCACAUCCAUGUUUUCAACAGUCUAUAGGUGCUGCACUCACUGCUCGUAUAGACCUGUGUAAGAAGAGUGUAUUACUUGACAAAGUGGGUGUUGAGCAGGCACAGUGUACCAACCACACAAUCCUAGUUUAGCAUGUUAGCAUUCUUAUUUUGAUUUAGAGCAUCAUAUCAUUUAAGCGCUAAGACAGCAGCUUUUGAAUCCCACUUUUGUUUGUUGAUUUUGAGAGAAGCAUGAUUUUUUUUUUGCACUGAUCGUUUAAACUCUAUAGAUAACACAAAGGAAAUAACAACAUGAACUUUAGUGCCAACAUGUUGAACGAGCUACCUCAAGCCACAUGAAUGGCUUUCCUGUUCACGGGUAAAACACCCUCCUCCUUCAGUGUUGUUUACUCUUUUCUCGUGGUUAUUUAGACGACGCUACGUUCAUCAAAAAUUAGUGUAAAAUGUUCACUUUGAAUGUCUGCACAUGCUUGAUGAUGACUUUGACCCGUUUUUUUAAGUUUCCCCUCUUUCUUUUUUAAACAGCGGAGGCUUUUUGUGUGUUUUUGUUUAUUCAAAUUGUGGAUAGGUGUCGUUUUGUGCUCUACAGGUUCUAAAGCAGAAGUAAAAAUAACCACACAAUGCUCACUCCACUUAUUUCUCAUAGAGCUGUUAUAUAUUUAGUCAGGAUUUAUGGUCUAACAGGCCUCUGUUACUCACGUAUCUCAUUUGAAUUCAGUUUGGUUACAGCAGCCCUGUAAACAUUCACACUCAUUGAAUAUGAUAUGAUCUCCGCUCUUUUUUUGCUUUUAGUGAGGUGACUGAAAUCUGAAAAAAACAUAUUCAGGAUCUUUCAUUUUACUGUUUUCCCCUUUAGGUAUCCACUGUGCCUCAGGAGAGUCGGACUCUCAAGUCAACUGUUCCAGAGGGGGCGGAGCUACAGGCUGAAUGUCUGCUGGUCAGACAGGUGAGUUUCAAUGCACGUGCAGGGCUUAACCAAAGCCGCUGUGGUUUGGUCGGAAAGGGUUUCAGUUGGUGGUGGUUUUUUCUCACUUCAGGCUGCUCUUGAUGUAGACCAUCACCAUAGCAAUGACUCCACAAAGAACCAGAUGUGUGCGCCUAUCAUGAACUAUCUGCAAAGGCAACUGCCAUUAGAGCUAAUUCUGGGUCAACUGGUCCUAACCUGGUCCUAAUAAUAUCAGAGUGGACAAGAACAGUAUAAUUUCAUUCGGAAUUUGUGUUUGGGUCUCACUCUCACUCUGCGGCUGAUAUGUUUGGCCUGUUUAAAAUUUUUGACAGUGUUUACCAAAGAUGAGGAUCUUUCUUAACAAGAGAGACAUAAGAGGACAGGAACUUGGUGUUGAGAGAACCAAUGAAGUGAUCUAUCAAGAUGUUAAGAUGUCUCUAUUUGUACAGUCUAUUUGUUCCUCGGGGGACAGAGUUUUAAUUCACUUCCUUUAUAAUUUAAAUAAUCUCAUGAUGAAUCCCAGCCUGUCUGACUUGACUCUCACAGCUCUCUUCCUUGUCUGUACACUUUUCAGCUGCUCCAGGUGCACUUUCGGAAGAGAAGAGGAGGCCAUCAUUUUAGAAAGUUAAUAUUUAAUCUCCAUCUUCUCUUCCAGGCCUGUCAGUAUUACAACUCGGAGCUGAAUGUGGUCCAGUUCAAGUUCGAUGACUACGCCGGAGAAUACCGCCUGCUGCCCAGGUAACGCACUUUGACAAGGCUCUGAAUGUCUGUUUACUGUAUGGAUUGAGAUGUUUACUUAUCAUAAUGUGAAACACACUCUGUAUGCAUAUUCUAGAAAACUUCUACCAAGAGAUGGUUAGCUUGGUUUAAGUUUGAGACGAACAGCUGGCUCAGGUUCUGUGUGCUUGUCAGACUACUUCUCUGUCAAACAUGGACUGUGUACAAUAACUAUACUCAGCCAAGUUGUGCUUUGUAAACUAUCAGAUUUAAAAAUUGUGUUUGAAAGUUUGUUUGUAGCCAGAAGUAACUCAAUAUCCAUGAAAAAAAUGAAGCAGAAGAAAGUCAUGCAGUGAUACAGUCAGGGCUCAAGGCUAAUUCAUUAGCUGGCUAAUGAGAUUGUUAAUGACAGAGUUUCAGGCAGUAUGAAGUUCUAAAUUUGGUUCCAGCUGACCAGAGAUAUGUAUUUUAUAAUAAAACUUUGGUUGGGGAAUGUAGGGAAUUUUUCUAAAAGUACUGGUCCUCUAGUUUGUCCAUUCAUGUGAUGAAAAGUAAGCAACAAUUUUUAGUCCUGUGCUAAAGCCAACCAUGUCUAUUGACCAUCAUCAUUUCUUAGUUGAGUAAAAUAUGACUCAUGUGGAGUCAUUAUCUCUGGAAAAAUGAGUUACAGAAACCAAAACUGUUUCUUUUUUUAACAGGACACAUAUGUGUUUAUUUCUGAUGUAAAGAUAUAAAAAUAUGGUAGUGUUUUAUUGAGAUUGCCUUUUGGAGUCAUCCUGAGGUAGCCAUUUAAAGAGCUGCAGUUUUACACACUUUAAUCUUGCUUUGUUUGCCAGAUAAGGCACAGUCCCUUUCAGGAGUCUUGUAGUCAACAGAAACUCAGCAGAUAACCAGUGGACUCAAUUUAUUCAAUGACAGAAAUGUUAAUGUGAAUUAGUCACACAAGACUAAAAUUGUAUUCAAUUAAUAUAGAUUGACUUUUCAGAGUAUUUAAUCAAUAUUAUACAGGGUCUAAUUUGAUAAACAUUAAAGAUGCAUGCUGUUACUUUUGGAGGCGAGUGAGCCAGCUAUUGGAUGUUACUUAAUCUCAAGCCUUCUAUUGGGGAAAUUUUUUAAUGUAUAUUUCUGUAUUUUGAAUUGAUGUGAUUUCAAAAUGGGUACACCAUCUCUUCAACCAUUAAUUCUCCCCUGAGCUUGUAUUGAUAUGACCUCAUCUAUUUUCUUAUUUGGUAACACUUAACAAUAACCAUAAUUUAUAAAUGACAAAUAGAUAGUUUAUUAAUGUAAGUUAAAAGUUACUUUACCAUUAAAAAGCAAUGAAAUUAUGAUAAACUUUCAUUAAUUAUUAAUGGACUAUUUAUUAUAGGGUUUAAAUAUUGGUUGUAAAGCAUCUAGAUUAAAAUGUGUGUCAGUAGCACUUUGUAAAUGGUUGAUAUUUGGUUCAUAAACCACCUAUAAACAUUACUUAUAUGGUUAUUGUAAAGUUGCAACUGAUGUUUGUAAUACUUUGUAAAUGUCUAAUAAGUGGUUUAUAAACCACCUAUAUACAUUACUUAGAUGGUUGAUGGUUAAACAUUAAUAAACCAUCUGUUAACCAUUUAUAAAUGGUCUAUUUACCAUUUAUAAGUUAUGGUUAUUGUAAAGUGUUACCUCUUACUCCAUAACACUUGGAAAAUGUGCUGCUGAAAAGGUACCAAAUGGAAAUUACCUCUUAAACCAAAAACUUUUAACACAAGGUUCACAAAGGUUUUUCCUUUACUGUUUCAGCAUCAUGAACAUUAAUAAGGCAUUUUCAAACAUGUACAGCUGCUUCAUUUGAUACAUAACUCUGUGUUGAACACUGGUAUAAAAAUGAGAAGUCUGAUUUGUUUGACUCACUGGCUUGAUAAAAGAGGUAAUGAAUUUUUAUUCUCACAAACAAUCAGACUCAGAAGUAAAGUCUGCUGAGGUUGGGUAUAACCACAAUGUGUUACAGUAAGCUGGGAGGUCAUUAACAAUAACAAGAUGGUGGAAGGUGUUGACUGAGAGGGAAGUCAGAGAGGAAGACUGAGAGCAUUCCUCUCUGACGCGUGUUUACACUCAGCGCUCCCUCCAUCCCUUUCAUAAACGUCACUCACCCAUCAGACACCGGUUUACUCAGUCAGUCAGUCAUUUAUUUAAAUCAGGCUGUCAGUCAGUCAAGUGGUGUUUUGUCAGUCCCACUGAGGCUGACCCAGAGCAGCUCUACAGUUACUGCUCCCAACCACAGGAAUGUCACUCUUUAGUCUCAUGGGUGUCCACUGUAUUCUUUCCAUCGGUUCACAUGACCUCCCACAACCGGGAUUAACUUUAAAGCUGAAACAUGACUUAAAGCAUCAAUUGUCUCAACUUCAUUUCAGCUGGGGAAUCAGCAUGAACUCACAUACACUAUUUUUACAGUGUUUGUUUUCAUGGCAAGCCAGCUAUUAAGUUUGGUACGUAUGUCACAAAGGGAGAAGACAGAGAUGCAGUGAAAAGAGUUUAAAGUAAACAGGAUAGAAAAUGUCCAAAGGAAAAUAAAAACAACAAACUCCAGCAAAGAAAUAACCACAAGAGAAACUUAUCCACACAAGGAACAGGGUUUAAGAAACAAAGAAGCCAAAAAUAUUUUUUUAAAAACAACAACAGGAAGACAAAGACUCAAUACAGUGGGAGUAAUCAAGGACAGGUGAGACUGAUCAGACUCACAGGUGAAAACAAUAAGCACCAGGCCCAGAAAGAAACAAAGGGAGGAAGUGAUAGAACGAUGGGAAAAUAAGCCAACCAAACACAACCAAAAUGAACAGUCAGUUUAAUAAGAGAAGUUACUUUUUGUGUUUCUACAGAUAACUAGUUGCAGCGUUUCUGACUCGUGUUGUCAUAUUGCCCCUUUUAAACCAGAAAGUAAAUACAGCUGACAAGUGAGCUAACUGUAACUUUCCAUGGGUUUGUGGAGAGAAACAAGGAAACCUCUAAGGUCAUGAAAAUCCAGCUGAGAGCCUACAUGUGUGGUUGUCAUUAUGAUUGAAUGAAGUGAUACCCAAUAUUUGCAUUCCUUUGGCCAGCCGGCAAUCACUUAAAAUCCUCUAAACGGAGUCCCUAAAGACGUUUUAUAAGACGGCUUUUUACAGCUCUGACUUUUAACACUAGGGUGGUUCCAGUGUUUUCCUCCCCAGACUGCGGCUGAGCUGUCUGUAACUCAGAGCACACUCACAAAAGCAUUUUAUCCCAGUGGCUCACCCACAAAGGUGGUGGGCCUGUGAAAUCAGUGAAGCGAGGUUGGACGAGGACUCACCUAUUGUUGCCUCCUGACAGAGAACGAUGGAGUGAAGUCAGCCACCCACAGUCAGAAGGAGGACUAAUUAAAUUCCUGAAAUCAUUUCUCUCUCUGUCACUAUAUUUCAUUAUCGAGCUUUCACAUUAAUCCUCUCUCCUUCUUCCUUCGUCUCCUCACAGGAAACUGUACAAAGCAGAGAAGCUGCCAUCCCAUUCUUUUGAGAUCGACUAUGAGGACAUGGACAAGGAUGAGGUCAGUGAUGAUCGUCUUCUGACAAAUGCUUUUACAAUGAAUGCAUUACAUGCCGGACACAUCCUGAGGUCCAUGUUUAAAUUAGUUUAUCUCUGCCUCAAAGCUGUUAGAGUAUACUUUGCACAGGGAGUUAGCGCACUGAAGGUCAGCAGGACAUUUUUAUGAACAUAAUUCUACUGACAGCUAUCCCUAAAAAGUCCCCUUUUCUGUAUUGAUCACCCUCGACUCCAUUCCUGGGGUAAUGGAGAGCUAAUGUAUCAAUAACUGACUGCAUUUGUGCUCUACAGGAUACCACCUCACUGUCCUCGUCCAAAGGAGGAGGGGGAGGUGGAGGAGGAGGUAGUGGAGGAGGAGGGAUCGGUGUGUUUAGGUCAGGCUGGCUCUACAAAGGGAACUUCAACAGCACCGUCAACAAUAGCAUCACUGUCCGGGUGAGGAAACAUCUGAUGCUCUCCCUUUUCAUGCACACAUUCACCCCGAUCCUCAGAUCUCCUUCAUCAUAGAUAUUUGAAAAUAAUCCUGUAAACCUUAUUUAGCUCUGACUGUAUCCUUACACCAGUAUAAUGAACCUGUAUCUCAUUAUAUCUCCUCAGUCAUUCAAGAGGAGAUAUUUCCAGCUCACCCAGCUGACAGAUAAUUCCUACAUCAUGAACUUCUACAAAGAUGAAAAGAUCUCCAAGGAGCCGAAAGGUUGCAUCUUUCUGGACUCGUGCACCGGUGUUGUACAGGUGAGUUUUAAAGCAAUCACAGACUGUGACAUAUAUAAAACCUACGAAAAUACAGACUUGGGAAGUCAGGACAGAAGAAACAGCUCUCAGAGGAAAGAUACAGAACACCACAAAAAGAAGGUCCUGGAUUAUUAUAAGAAAUUUUCAUCUCUGUGGAUCAAAUUUUCUUAUUUCAGAUUUGAUAGUUGACUUGAGAUGUGCGAUCAUAGCAUUAUAAUAUGACAUGUCUUGGCCAAUAUAUCAUCGUCUGCCUCUAAAGGGGGAUAAUUAACUUUUUUUAAAAACGUUGUAAGUAGCUGUUAGGGCCACCUCUGGGAUGUCGUGGAUGUUAUUGUCUGCAUUAAGCAGAAAGACAGACAGACAGACUCGUCGUUCCACUUAAAGAACAUAAUUGCAUGUUCGUAAUGCACUUCAUGAGGGUUUGGAAGUUGUGGCUUCCUCCCUCUUUUAACAACCACAGUGAUAUUCGUUGUGGUUUUUUAGGACUGUUAUACUUUUAUCGUCUGCUGUUUAAAAGUAUUCUUAUGCAGUCUUGUAUUUAUCUUUAUGAAAUUCCUCUACAGCUGAAGUUGAAGUUAAAAAGUAAAGACAAGUUUCACUUUGAAGGUUCAUGUUAACCGCGCCCAAACCGAUCUCUUUAUCCUCAUAAUUCAGUAAGUCAUUCUUAGUAAAAUAGCAUUUAAAAGGGUUGUUUAAUCAAUAAGACAUUUGGAAAGUUAACUCAGCUUAACCUAGUUCUGAUUUGAGAACCCUCUAAACUCAAAAAGGAGUACAAUUUUCCACAAACCAAACCAGUUUUGGUUUUGUUGGGCGACCACAUAAUCUUAUCCAUCCUUUCAUCCCUUCCUCCAAAGAAUAACCGCCUGAGGAAACACGCUUUUGAGCUGAAGAUGAACGAGGUUACGUACUUCGUGCUGGCCGCGGAGAGCGAACAGGACAUGGAGGAGUGGAUCAGCACAUUGACCCGCAUCUUGCAGAUCAGUCCUCAUGAAGGCCCGGCUCCUGACCGCAAAAGUUUGGACCUCACAGACCACCGGCAGGGUGAGACUGGCUCUGUUUUCUGGGGAGAAUUACUUACACAAAGUUUACUUAUGAUGGAUGUAGAGGGGGUUGUAAGGGGGUGAAAAAUAGUUGGAAUGAGCAAAAGGGGAAGAAGAAAAAGUGGUAAUUUGGAGGUGAAAGGGGUAUUUAAAGUGAGAGAAGGAGGAUAUUUUAGCAUAAUUUCAACACAUGUAUAAAUCAUGGUGCCCUCAAGAGAGAAACGGUUUUAUAGUCAGCGUCAGCACAAUGUAACCUUUCCCUCUCUGUCUGACUCGCCUAACAAUGAUAACUUGCAAACCCUUGAAAGGGGAAUUCUGCUUCUUCGAGGUCUUGUUCAUAACAUCACAAUCAGGAAAUGAGACCAGACACCGACCAGGGACUCCACCUUUGUUUAAUACGUUCUACUUUUUAUUUUAAAAACUUAAUAAAAACCUUCAUCUCAUGUGCCAACUCUGCCAGAGCUUCAGUAAUGGACCAUAGCCUGUAACAUAACACACCCUGAUGGAGCUCUGAGACUUGGCCCAGCGAAAAGUGGCGAGGUGAUGAUGUAAUAGCCUUAGCCGUCAUGGCUCUGCGGUCUGUUAGCAUGCCUUUAAAUCAGGCUGCAAGCAGCAUGUGGUGACCUACCAUUAAUGAGCCAUUUUGUUCAGCGUGGCCUUUGGGAAGAAUUGCUCAAGGCACAUGAAGGUUAUAUUUCUGCAGAAGCCCGCCUGCCUUAUUACCCAUAAAUACCGAGCAUGGAGUCAUAUUUUACACUGAAAAGAAUAUAUGUUCACAGAUGCUGGUUAGUGUUUAUUUAGUGCACUGCUGAACCUAUUAAAGAUAAUGUUAUAUGGGCUUUAACCUACAGGGAAAUGGAGCACUUGGAUUAACAAUCUCAUCCACCCAUUGCCUGCAGGCAUCACUUAUUGAGAAGUACCUCUCAUGACGUGUGAUUGUAUUUAUGUUUUCUUUUCAGACGUCUUUGACCUGUCGCUCGGUGACUGCUGUUUGCAGGAGAAUGAAGAUACGACGGCUGAGAACGGCAUUAAUCCAGAGCUAGCAAAGGUGUGUCAACGUUAACUUAACUUAUUUAUUGUAUUUAUUAUUUCAUUUAUUAAUAGUUACUGUCCUUUGUAUCAUGCUUUUAUGUUUUUAGCAUGCUCUUAACAGGGUCAUACUGGCAUUUUAGUGAUAUCCAACGACUUUUGUUUAUUUUGUUUAUACUAUUUAUUGAUUUUAGUCUCUUGACCACGAUCAAAAGAAUACCUACGGGUAUCAAUAUAGUUACCUUGAACCUUAUAAAAUGCUGCUGCUACUUCAUUAUUUUUGCAGCUGUCCCAAUAAACGAUUUAAUGAUGGUUUAAAGUAAGUGAUUUCUUAUCUUCAUCUUUUCUUUUGUAGUAUAUCUCAGAGACAGAUGAAGGAAUCCGCUCAGCCAGGAGAGAAGAGAGGUUGAAUCUGUUUUCCUUGGACCCUGACACUCCUGUAAAUAUCAGUCCUGAAAGAAUAAAAUUUCAAAUAUUCUAAUAUUUCUUAUUUUUGUACAGCAAAGUCUUAACUUUUGUUUUAUCAACCCCAGGUUCUGAGGAGCCCAAAGAGUGAGCAUUCAUCAGUGGAGAGCGGAGCUGUGCGUCCGUUUGAGGAGAAACUGGGCAGAAGGUUCAUGAUUACGUGUCGAUCACUCAACUUAAUGCUGCAGGGCUGCAUCAACGAGAGUGAAACUGGACCCGUCACUAAUGUGAGGCUUUGAAAUAUAUGCCCUUUACACUUGAGACUAGUUAUUCAAAGAUAAGUAAUCUGAUGCAGUUAAAUUCAAACGAUCAUUUUUACUUUUAUGUCUGAAUCUUAAGAAAAGGGAAUCCAUGGUGUGCUUUAAAAGGCACAAUAAACAGUCAAUUUCACACAGGGGAAUGACUAAGCUGAAUCUGCUCCUCUAGAUUGAACCCUUCUUUGUGUCGCUGGCUCUGAUGGACGUCCGAGAAGGGAGAAAAGUCUCUGCAGACUUCCAUGUGGACCUGAACCAUGAAACGGUGCGCCAGAUGCUCGGAGGCUGCAGCAAUGGAACAGGCGUUCUGGGGUCAGGGGUCGGGGGUCAGGAAAACGGCCUGUGUUCUCCUACUGAGAAGAAGCCAGGGGACUGUAACCUCAGCCUGGACCUGGAUCACUGGCUCCGCUUUCCCAAACAGGUACAAGGAUCCCACUCCUAGAAACUGUUUCAUGGACGUUCCCAUCUUUUACUUUGAAUCAAACCUACAGGAUGACCCUUAUGUGCUUUUUAUUGCAGGCCAUCUUCUCUGUGACAAACCCUCACACGGAUAUAGUGAUGGUGGCAAGAGUGGAAAAGGUGCUGAUGGGAAAUAUUGCUUGUGGGACAGAACCUUAUAUCAAGAAUACCGACUCCAGCAAGGUGAGAAAGUCACUUUUCCACUCGAUUUCUAACUGGAAAUUUUGGUUUGAUAUUAACUUACUCACUAACUCACAUUUCUUUCCAACAUUGAACCGUAAUAUUGAUAAUAAGCACCUUUAAAUACGAGGGUUUACAUAGUGCUUUGGCAUACAGACAGAGAUACCUAUGAACAAAGCAUGAGAACCCACAGGUGAAAAAAACAACAACAACAAUGACGUGAUAGGAUUAAGUAAUAAAAAGGAAGGAAAUGACAAAGAGGAUCUAAAAACUAUAAAGAAAUAAAGCAGAAAAAGAUGGUUAAAGUAACAGCGUGAGGAAAACGCAACACAAAGAGAGAGAGAGAAAAGCAUUAGGAUGAUAAAAAAAGAUGGAGAUCAUCAAAGUGUUGAGUGGAAUCUUAAAAUCGCAUCCAAAGCCGUGGAGGGAUGCUAAAUCAGGGGGAUGUGAUCUGUUAACACCAGUGAGAAACUGAGCUGCUGAAGUCUGUUAAAGUUGGAGGCAUGAGAUUGUUUUUUUUUGUGUGUGUUGUUGUUGUUGGUUUCAGUGAGUUGCAGUACUCAGGUGUUGAGAAGAUGAAUGCAUGAAUCACUUUCUAAAGGUCUGAAUGAGAGAGAACUUGUUUUUAUUUGGCAGUACCAGUACCAGUACCUCUUACAGCUUCUUAUCUUCUAAGACCAGCUGGAAAAAUGACUCAUGAUCGAUGUUGUUUAGGUGAUUAUUGUUAAGGAAAUUGCCUAAUCGACUCAAACAGUUUAAAACAUGACAUUUACAAAAUGGCUUUCCUGUACAGCAAAGCGCUUAUCUCCAUCACUGAAUGCCAGUCCGGUUAGAUAGUUUGUUAAUUAGGUUGUUGUUGUUUUUUUUUCCCCUAAACCCUUUCCAAGACGUUUCCUGGCUUUCCCAUUGGCAGUCUUCCAUGCGGUCCUUGUUGAAAAGGCUAAAUGAAUCAGCAGACGUCCAACCUGCUGCCAGAGUUACUGUAACGGACAACCUCUGAUUUAGUCUGUCACUCUGUCAACUUGCAUUCAAGGCUUAGCAUGUCUGCUUGUCUUUAAAAAAAAAUCAGCUGUGGCGUUAUGCUAACAAGCCUCUCUGUCCUUUCCCCCCCGGCUCAUGUGUUGUACAGACUGUUCAGAAGAUACUGAAAUCCAACAAGCAGUUCUGCAGUAAGCUGGGGAAGUACAGGAUGCCGUUUGCCUGGUCUGUCAGGUCAGUGCUGCUGAUUGGAGGGUUAUCUUAACAUCUUUAAAAUCUCUAAAGUUUUCCCUUUUUGUGAGCUUGAUCCUGAUGUGUUUCUAUACAUUACAGGCCAGUGUUUAAGGACAACCAUGGAGCGCUGGACAGAGAGUCUCGUUUCUCUCCUCUCUUCAAGCAGGAGAGCAACAAGAUUUCCACUGAUGACCUGAUGAAGAUGAUAUCCGAGUACAGGAGGUGAGAUUUACUGCAGACUUUAGACUGAAGCUUCUUUGAGGUCGAAUUCACCUCUUUUUGAAACAUUUAACUCUUGUUUGUCUGCAGGGCUGAAAAAAACAGCAAACUGCAGACUAUUCCUGGAACGCUGGAUGUAGCAGUGGACUACGUUCCAAUGGAGCAUCCCAGUAUGUCCUUUUUUGUGCAGCUAGUAACACAUUCCUCUCUCUUUUCAUGUCAUGUGCUUGAGCUCUGUCUCUGUUUGUGCCCAGACUGCGUCACCUCCUCUUACGUACCGGUGAAACCCUUUGAGGAGCUGAGCAAACAUCAGCCAACUGUUGAGAUGGAAGAGUUUGUCCAGGACAGCACCAAGUUCACCCAACCACACCGUGUCUACACAAACCACAUCUACGUCUACCCUAAGCAUCUCAAAUACGACAGCCAGAAGAGCUUUGCAAAGGUACACGACACACACCGCAGAAGUUAUGACAAAAAAGCAGGUUUAUGCAAGGACUGAUUUAAAUCCAAAGCACCAAAAAUUUUUGUUUUCAUUAACACACCAUGCACUGCAAAAAAAGGAAUUUCAAGAAAGGAAAACAGCCCCGUAUUAAGGAAAUAAGUCUCAUUUUUUGUACACAAAGAAUAUUAAUCUUGUCAAGCAUGUUUGGCAUUAAAAAAAUUAUCAAAUUUUAAGAGAAAAUGGCUAACUUUUUUCUUGAUUAGAUAUUCCAGCUAAUUUUGAGAUAGAAUGAACCAGAAAUAGAGUAGAAUUUUUUUUUACAAUAAAAUCCAGUGGAGCAACAUGAUCAUUCGUCUCAUUUAAAGAGUGAGACAUAUGUACAACUUCUCAAUUUAAGAAUGCCAUGAAACAAGAACAGUUGAUUCUUUUAUGAAGGUUUCCAUUGCAGGUCAUCUGAACCUGACAGAAUCUGCUGCCUCAUACAUUAUCUGACAUAUAAAGAUGUCAGUAGGCUAGUCUGUACAACACACAACAUAAUACAAUGACAAGAUGAAAACAACAAAGAACAACAAAGAACAUGUUUGUUUUCCACAUGCUUGCUUGUGGAAUAAAAAAUAUAUAUUUAAUGAGAAUGUUUUGGUAUCUUGAUUUAAGACAACAUCACUUAUAUUUGCUAUGCUGUUUUAAGAAAUUAUGUCUUAUUUGAACUACUGUCAUGCUUAUUAAUAAUCCUAGAUAAAGGUGUAUUUUCUUGAAGUUCAUUUAUUCAAGAGACUAAAAUGCUAAUUUUAAGUAACUUCAUCUUCAUUUUUCAUUGCUUGCUGUAGAAAAAAAAAAGAUUCAUAUAAGAUUUUCUGUUUAGUUUUAAGUUUCAUUUGAGUCUGUCAGGGCCAAGAAAUUUGUUCUUAUUUUGAAAAUUAUUGUCAAGCAAAAAAAGCUUACCCCAUUGGCAGAUUUUUUUGCUUGAUACAAGAUUAUUUGAUUGAAUAUAAGAAUAUUUUGCUUGUUUCUAGUAGGGCCGAUUUCGCUGUGUGUCUUUGAAUUGUUGCAGUCAUUAAAACUACAAUGCUCCUCUUGUUUCCAGGCUCGUAACAUUGCAGUGUAUGUGGAGUUCCGCAGUUCGGAUGAAGAAGUUGCCAAACCUUUAAAGGUAAAAAAAAAACAUGCUAAUGAGACAUUAGGGCUCAAUUCAAAGCUUGUAUCCUGAAAAAAAGGAGCUGGAUACGGCUUAAUUUUGAAUCUAUUUUUCUUUUUCUUUAUUUUUAAGUGCAUCUACGGCAAGGCGGGAGGUCCAGUUUUUACCACAGCAGCCUGCUCCACUGUUCUGCACCACUCCCAGAACCCUGACUUCUAUGAUGAGGUGAAGAGUAGUAAGAUUCAUACAAACCAUGAAGAAAAGCACAUGUUCUACUGCUAUAAUAUGUCAAAUUAAAUCUCUUCUCUGUCUCUUCUUCAGGUGAAGAUUGAGCUCCCCACUCAGCUACAUGAAAAGCACCACCUUCUUUUCUCCUUUUACCAUGUCACCUGCGACAUCAACGCCAAGACCAAUUCCAAGAGGAAAGAAACCCUGGAGACCCCCGGUGAGUUUGAGGUGAAUCUAGAGCUGUAGGUUAGUGAAAUAUUUGUAGCAGCUUCUUUUGAUGUUGGUCUUUUCCUUUUUAGUGGGGUACUCUUGGCUCCCCCUCCUCAAAGAAGGUCGACUGGUAUCUCAGGAGUUCAGCGUCUCUGUCUCCUGUAACCUGCCGCCUGGAUACCUGGCCAUUAAGGAAGCCGGCAACACCAAGGUGAGAGUGAGGAAUGAAGGGAAAGGGGAGAGGAAGGGAUGGGGCAUGAAUAUUAAAAAAUUGUAAUGAAUUAUGAAAAGAGUAAUUUAGUUGAGAAGAGAGGUGUAGAGUUGUAGUUUGUGAGAAGUUAAAGGUUUUGGACGUGGAUUUGUUGAAUCUCCUCUUGCUCUGAUUUACAGAAUGGAGCAGAUGUGAAGUGGGUCGACGGAGGAAAAGCUAUCUUUAAAGUGUCCACUCAUGUCGUCUCCACAGUUUACACUCAGGUAGGUCACACCAUCAGCUGGGUUACUGCAGGUCAAAUGGCUUUCUCUGGGGUUAUCCAAGGCUGGGUUGCUGGGAUAGACCAAAACCCCCAACAGGAUGGAAAUGGUCGGAUGAUGGAUGUAUAGAUGGCAGCUACAUCCUUGUGAAACCCGACUAUGAAGAGAGUGCUCAAAUCUUCAGCAGACAUCUUAUCUCAAAAAGAUGUAACAGGCCAUUUUUCCUCUCUGUUCUGCUCCAUCUUUGCUUCUUCCACCAAGUCAACUCGCUGUGCAGACAGUGAGAAACUGUAAUGGACCUCAAAUGUCAUUUUAGUGUCUCUAAACAAAUUAUGAAGCAUUUAAAGUGUGAAGCAAACAGAAAUGGAGCAGAAACUGUCUAAUCAAGUGUUAGUGGAUGGUUUAAGUUCCAGUCUCCUCAUAUCUAGGGUGGGGAAGACAUUUAUAGUUUAGACAGUGGGGGGCGUGUAGAGCACCGGAGAGGCGAUUUUUUGCUUUGUUGUUUAUUUAUAAACCAGGGGAUCCUGUGUUGUUUGGAUUGAGAUCAUCUAAGACCAAUAUAAUCUGAGAGAAUUUACCAUUUUAUGACUUUUUUAUAUAUUCUAAAUGCAGAUGAUAUUACCGCUAAUACUUGAGUCUGUCUCUUGUUUCUUUUAUUAACACUCCUGCAUAUAAACUCUCGAAAAGACUGAGGAAACGGUUGAUUUUGAUGUGUGGUAAACAGACAGACAGACAGUUAAGAAGUUAAAGCAAAAGAUUGAAAGAGUAGGAGUAGAAGUAGGAAAGCUAUUACAAAAAAUAAUAUUACCAGUGACAAUAAUUAAAAAGUAGCAAUAGUGAUUAGAAAUAAACUUAAGUUUGUUGAGAGUGUCUAAUUUUUGCAGUAAAACUGACUCUUUCCAGCACAAACAGCAACUAAACUUACAGAGAGAACCAGCGAGUUUUAUAAGAACGUUUAUUAUUUUUUUCCCCUCUAUACAAACUGCUGAGUUCUGACUUAAAGAUGCACUAUAACCUAAAAGAAUCCAGUCCUCUAAGUCUUACCGCAGAUGCUCUCUGAUUUGUCUCCCUGUGCCAGGACCCCCACCUGAACCGAUUCUUCCAGCAGUGCCAGAAGAGAGAGCUGGACCUCUCGCUACCUCCUACCUCCAACUUCCUCAACUGCCUGAAGGUCAGAGGAAAGACGCUCUAUUACCCCAAUUUACAUUUAUUGAGAGCAGGACCUCGGCUGCAACAUCAGGGCUAACAUAUUUUGUAUCCAUCGUUGUGUUUUUUUUUUUUUUUGUCUUUCUUUUUGGUUUUUAUGUUUCUUAUUUAUUUCCAUCCUCCUACGCCUUUGUUCCACCCUCCCUCAGGGUCUCCUCAGUAUGGAGAGGAUCCCAGUGAUCAUUCGAUUUCUGCCAGUGCUCUUCAACCAGCUGUUCAAGGUCCUGACUCAGAAUGACAAUGACGAGGUCACUACUGCCACCACCAGGUAGGCACUGGUACUACAACCUCCUCAACUGCUGGAUUCAUAUCUGGGUUAGUGGGCUGGUGUGUGUAUGAAUGAGUGAGGGGAACUGAUUUAUGUGGAAACAGGCACUCAAGUAGGUGAGCAAAUAGGGCUUUAAAUGACAGUUUUUUUGUAUCUCAUGCAUUUCUUGUAUUAAUUUUUAUUUUAGUUUUUAUAAAUUAAGUUUAGAUGUUUCAUUUUUACACUUUGCAGUCUCUUGUUUGUAAAUCAAGAUACUCAAAUUGUAUUAAUCACAUGCUCAAGAAAGCGUAAAGUCACAAGCUCAGAGACCGUGUCGAAAUCAUAAAACUCUUCUCUCUCAUUUUGCGUCUGCAGAGUCCUGGUCCACAUAGUUGCAAAGUGCCAUGAAGAAAACCUGGUUCACUACCUGCACUCCUAUAUCAAGGUACCUGCGAGUGAGAGUAGUAAUGUCAAAGUAAUAUUGUGGGAUUAAAUGUACAGAUAUAUUAGCUUUAGGUCAUUCAAAGGUGGAGUUAUUGUUAUGAUCACUGCUUAUACUCACACACAGUUAGAAUCAGCUCUCUUUAGCACCAGUGUAAGUGAAGAAGGAGGUUUUUUUAUUUUCUGUGAGGCUUAUUUGCAUUGAAAGGGUCAUAUUUUGUUAAAAUGAAUACAUAAUAGCUCAUACAAAUGCAUGUUAACAGCUCUGGUGCUCAGAGAUGCUAUUAGCUUUGUGUGGUUCGUGCAGCGUUUAACCCUUUUGCAUGAUUUGUGAAUAAGGCCAGGCCUUUUUGCUCAUUUGCGCAGAUUUAGCAGCUGCAAAAACCAUGCAGACCCAAAGUGUGCAUUUGCAUACAGUAUAUUUCUAAAUGCAUAAUGAAUGAGUGCAAGGAAUAUCAUAUGAUCGUUUGAAAGGCCUUUGUUUUCGAUAAAAGGGUGGGGGACCCUGCACAGACUAUUUCAUUUCUGGAAGGUGAGUGAAUCGAAAAAGAGAGAAAGGGGCUUUUUUUGUGUUUGCGUGUGAGUGUGUGUUUGGACCAGCAGGAGUGUGGUAUACGUGGAGCCUCGUGCCGAGAGCUAUGUGCAAACACACACAGAGGAGCAAGGAGAGUAGAGGGAGAGAGGAUGAAUAAAGGGUGCUUCAUCAGAGACACAGGGUGUGUUUGUUUAGGGGGGAAAAAUCAGUGGGAGAGAGAAAGAGAGAGAGAAAACCACAAGACCUGCUUCGUGUUGGCCACAGUGAAGGAAAAGUGCAGUGCUGGGAGAGGCAACGGCAGAGACAAAUGAUGAGAGGCUGGAGAGAAGAGGACGAGGCUGGCUAAUGGAAGUGGGGUUGCCAUGGUAACAGAUUGGCAUGGUGCUCGGUUUAAACUGCUGAGUGUGUGUGAUCGUGCAAACGUCCACACAGUCAUGACGAAGGCGGGACUAAUUCAGCGUAGCAACAGCAGUUGUAGGUAGUGAAAUGACAUGAAUCCAAGUCGACACUUACUUUUAGGAUUUUAUUCUUCAUGUAGCAGUUUUGUUACAUUUGCUGCAGUGGACAGUACCUUUUUUCAGUCGUCUGAUUUUGGAUCUUAGAUAGUUAGAUGAAUGACUUUGGCAGUAAUGUAAUUUUUAUUUUUUUAUUUAAAAUCUCCUUUUUUACACCUUGUUCAUCCCUCAAACAUUUGCACCUUAUUCAAGCCUCCUAUUGUGUUAAGAGUCUGUUUUACAUAAUUUACUUUUAUUGAUAGGGGUUAAUUGGUUAAAUGAUACAAAAAAAUGCUGCAAGACACAUCUUAUUAUUUCAUUGUCUUCAAAAAUAUCUAGAAAUACUGAAAAUUUCAGGUCUUGUUUUCAUAUUGUGAUUUGUACGACAAACCACUGAAAACUCUCCAAUAUUAGAGUCUCUUUGAAGUAAGAAAAGAAAACCACAAAUCUCAUUUUUGAAGCUCUGAAACUAUCAUACCUUUUUUAUGUUGCCCUCUCUUUCUCUCACAUAGUACGUGUUCAAAUCAGAGGCCCACGGCUUUAGGACAGUUCAUGAAGAGCUGGCUAAAGGAAUGACCUUCGACCUGAAGAGCAACGAGCAAGCAGCAGUGAGAAAUGUCCUGAAGGUUUGUAUCACGAUUACUCUUCAGAUUAGAGACAGGGAGUAAAGGCAUAAUUUUUAAAGUUCUGACAAAAGUUUGGACAAAAAUCCUCUCAUGCUUUAAAGCAGGAGACUGAUCUGACGUUGCAAAAUGAAAUGAUCUUACUUUGACCCCGUCUGGUUUCAGUUCUCCUGGUUCUUCUUUGAGCUGAUCGUCAAGUCCAUGGCUCAACAUUUGGUCGACUCUGAAAAGUUAAAGGUAGGGCAGCUCACUCUACAUUGGUCUCAGGUCACACAUUCCUACACAUCAUCACAUUUAUCAAGCGCUUUUAAUACUCGGUUCAGCAUUUUUCCUAUAAUCAUACCCAGGACACGGUGCAUCUGGAAGUAAAGUUUCUUAUGUUCCCACAGCUCCCCAGGCCUCAGCGUUUCCCCUCAUCGUACCUGAGCCGCGUGGAGACACUGGUGGAGACGGUGUCUGAACACAUCUUCUGGAAAAACAAAGACCUGGGGGAGGAGACCCGCAGUGCCAACUCAGCUGUUGCAGCUUUUGUGAAGGUAGGAACAAGAUCUUAACAGGAUUUGAUUCUGAUAAAGGGUGAAGUUAUAAGACAUAUCAAGUCAAUCUGAUAUUGUUUCUAAUCCCUUAUGUCUUAUGUGCCUCUCUUUGCAGCGUUGCUUUACUCUCAUGGACAGAGGCUUCACAUUUAAACUCAUCAGCAACUACAUAAACAUGAUCACUGCGACUGACAGCAAGGUUAAAAAAAAAGAAGAAAUUUCUCUCAGCAUAUUUUCUUCUUCGGAGUAAAUCAAGCGUGAAAAAACAUGAUUUUCUGUGUGUCUAACAGGUCCUGUGCGAGCUCAAGUUUGAAUUCUUGCGAGAGGUGUGUAACCAUGAACACUACAUCCCUCUGAGUCUACCCCUACCCUCCGCUCGCAUCACAGGUACAGUCCGAGUCUUGGUUUCCGCCUGUCAUUCAGCGACGCUGUUGUUUAAUGUGUUAACAAUCAUUCAUCGCAAUCCAACCUUCAUUUGUCUUUAACACUGUCUCUGUCUGUCUCUCUCUCUCUGUCAUCUCCGUUUGUUUACGUCAGACCAUGCAUCCCCAGAGCCUCAAAGUACUCAUGGUAAAUACUCAUUCCUUUUAAUGUGCAUAUAUGUGUGUGUGCCGCUGUAGUAGGACGAUAAUGAAAUUCACGGGAAAUUGGGCGCUCCAUUUGCUCAAUGUAACAAGGUUUUUGUUUGGGAAUGUUUUAAUUAGUUCCCCGAUGGAAAGCAAAUACUGGCACAAGGAUAAUUUAAAGUAUGACAGAUCAUUUCCAUUUGAAUGUAGAUUAUUUUUAAACCAACAUUUUUUUUUUAACACUAUUAAAAUUAUAAUACAUGUUUAUUUUCAGGCAAAAAUUUAAGCAAAAUGAAAAAAAGGACCAAAAAGUGAUCAGGAGUCAGUCAAAAAAAGGGAAACUGACAGAAGAUGGAUACAUUAAAAGCUUCUUGUUAAACGUUUUAGAUCCAAUGAUGGAAAUUUCAAUAUUCUCUAAAUUUUAGAGGUUUAAAGUCCAAAUAUCAGAAUGUAAACUUUUUACAUGGUCUUCAAACUAGAUGUAACUUGUGUUCAUUACAUUUUGAUUUGCUUCACAGUGAAUCACAGAGAAUUACUGUGAGAGGAUGUGGUUUACCACGUAUUUGUACUGAAGUUCAGGAGUCAACGCUUAAUCCUCUUCAUGCUGUCUUAUUUCAGUUUCAGUGCCAGAGUAUAACCUGACUGGAGAGUUCUGCAGGAAGCACUUCCUCACCGGCCUGUUGCUACGGGAACUGGGGCUGGCGCUCCAGGACGAGCAGGACCUGAGGCACCUCGCCCUUGCCACCCUGAAGACCCUGAUGGCCAAACACUCGCUGGAUGCACGCUAUGCCACCAAGGUAGCCUGGACACAUGUUCACGCAGUGGGAAACUGGUAGAAUGAGUCAUGAGUCUUUCAGCAGAAAUUUCGUCUUUUGUGACUCACACAAGCGCUCUGAUUGAGUUGUGUGAUUGUUCAAAGCAGCUGUAAGCAGCAGAUCGGAUCAUGCUUGUAAUGUGCCCUCAUUUAAACUUCACCAAACUGUGCCAACAACAACACAAGUGCAGGGCUGUGGUCAAAAGAGGCAAAAGAGGCAAAAGUGAAUGUGUGCGGAGACCAAAUAAAGUCAUGUUUCAUACAAGUCCAGACGUGUUUACGGUAGUGUAUUUCAGGUAAUGUGUAAGUGAAUCGACAUUUCUAUUUACCAGAACUCCUCAUAAAAUGCAGACAAUCAAACCAUGAACGCAGCAUGAAUUAUACAGUCGAUGGCUCUCUAGAGAGAGAUGCUUUUAUUGGUAGUCUCUCUUGCAUAAGGGGAAACACAUUAAAAGUACUGCGCUUGCUGAUGUGUUCAGGUGUAAAUAACAUAAUGACUACCUUUGGAAUACACACAAACACAUAAAAUAUGACGUCUGUUUUACGGUUUUCCUUUCCAGGAGAAGCAGGCAAGAAUCGCCUCUCUCUACCUGCCGCUGUACGGCCUGAUCCUCGACAACAUGCCUCGAUUCUUCCUCAGGGACCUCUUCCCCAUUUACUUCACUUCAAGUGACCAGGUAAGAGAAAUACUAACUUGAUUUACACAUUUUUUAAAAACCAUCACAAAGAAUAUCGCUAAUAUCACUGAGACAGUAGUUAGUCUUCAAGGGUCCUCAGGGCUCAGAGAGAAGUUUAUCUGUGUGUCAUCUGCAUAACAAUGAAAGGAGAGUCUGUGGGGCUGAAUUAUUUGGCCAGGUAGAAAAUAACAUCAGGCCUAAAACUGAACCUUGGAGUACACCAAAUGCAAUGUUAUUGGUUAAGGGGGUGACAGCAAAGGUUCAAUCUAAAAGGUAAGAGUGAAACCAGCUAAGUCCAAGAGAUGAUCGAUUAAAAUUACAUUAACUACCAUGUCAAAAUCUACGCCGAAGUCUAGGCGUUUAUGCAGAUUCCUGCAGUUUUUAAACAUCAACAAACAUUUUUUUCCUUUCAAGAGUUCCUCUCCCAUCUCUGCCCCCUACCAGGGCUCUCGAGACGACCUCAGCGUAGGCGGGGGAGUGGCUGCAGGGGUGAAUCCUGUUACCCGCCAUGGAAACUCUGUAGACGCCUCCUUUUCCAAAGAAGUACUCAACUCCAUCACAGGUAGAAUUGUGCGGCAUGCAACUCUCAAAAACAGAGUCUACAUUAAAAGGUGUGAAUAAACACAUUCGUACUGACACCCCCCCACCUCUCCACCAGCCUUCUCUUCUUUGGCCGUUGCCUCGGGUAACCAGACCGACUCUCGGGGAUCUCUGAUCAGUGUGGAUUCCAACCCGAGUAACAGCGACAGGAACAGUGAGAAAAUGGACGGAUGUGAGAAGGUGAGGAAAGAGAGGAAACUGUUAUUUUAAUCUUGAGAAAGAAACCACCAGAUUCUUAUUUAGGACUAAGAGCAGAAAAACUGAAUUGUUGGGGGACAUUUUGAUAUAUUUUUACUAUAACAAGCACAUUUUUAUUGUGUCAUUUUUAAUAGAUUGUAUUAAAGGUUUUGGCAGAAAACACCCAUUGGCUUCUCUUUUUUAUAUAAAGUAAACUGUCUAUAAAAUGUGUUUCCUAAAUUAAAGAAAUUAAUGAUGUUUCCAGACUUUUUCCCUCAUAGUCUUGUAAUAUUUUUAAGGAAACUGCUAAAACUUUAUUCAUGUAUUAUUUAUUGGCCCUAAAGCAGUAAAAUUUAACCUGAAAUAUUCUACUUGCUUGUAAAAUGCCCAUUAAAUCAUAAUACUGGAACCCUUAAAUUCACAGAAAAUUACCAAAGAUAUUUUUGAAGAUAGUUUCCUGAGACUCAUACCUGACUUUACUGACUCAGCUGUAUUUUUGUCUGCGUGUGUUUCCGUAGUUCGCUCGGCCCCAAUCCCUCAUAGGUUAUGGAUCUCGUUGUGACAAGCUGGACCAGGCAGAGACCCGCAGCCUCCUCAUGUGUUUCCUGCACAUCAUGAAAACCAUUUCUGAAGGUAGGAAACAUUUAAAAAAGUAUGCACGAAAAAAACUCACGCAGUCCCUGAAGGGUUGAGCACUAUUAUUGAUUUAUAUAUUCACAGUUAUGCUGCAUUUGCAUUAUUGUGUUUUCCCAGAAGAUUGAGGUUUUCUCUGGUAUUAAAAGACUCUAAAGCCGUACAAAUUGGUCUGUUUAAACCAAAUCUGACCCAGUUUUUACUGAAAUUUGGCUCGAACCUUUUCAAAUGUGCCGUAAGGUCUGACAUGCUGUCAUUUGUUACCUGUUUCCAGAUGUGCUUGUGUCCUACUGGCACCGGGCCAUCCACCAAGAGAUCUCAGACUUCUUUAACAUCCUGGAGUGAGUGUUUUUGUUUCUUCAUCAUAGAGUGCUACAACAGCUCCUUGUGGGCUGACUGGCAAUGCCGUGUGUGAGACAGACAGGCAGACAGGGAGGGAGACAGCAGCAUGCAAGGAGUAGAAAUGGGUAGAUGAAGCCAGAAGGAAGGAGAUAAAAGUAAAGACAAAGGCAGAGAGAGGGAAGAAAAAAAAGGGGUAAAUCCAAUGAGAGCUUCUGAUUCAGUGAGCAGCUCAGUUAAUUAGCCGCCUGUGUUUCCUGUUUGCAUCUAGACUGCAGCGUUUCUCUUUUAUUUUUUCACAUGGACUACAUUUAUCUGAUGUUUUAAUCACAAAAAAAAAAAAAACAGAACAAACAAACCUUUACCUUUCACCCACAUAUUUUUGCUUUUUAUUUUUCCAGCCUGUGUCUGCAGCACUUCAGAUUCCUUGGAAAACGCCACAUCGCCAGGUAAGUCCUCCCUGCUUUACAGGCCGGCCAGACUGCAUUCAGAUGCAUUUAUUGUAAAGCUGAAGACAUGGAAACAGCCUAUUAACUCAACACACAAUCUGCAGUCAAAGGUUGUAACUCCCCCACCCACUGCUACAUAAUUCAUAUAAUCAUAUGCACACAUGAAUGCACACAUGUGCAAAUGCAGCAGCCACAUACACACAUGUGCAAACACACAAAUAAAUGAGUCAAACACAGUCAGGCAGAAACACUAAUAUGCAUUCUGCAUGUGUGUGCACGCUCAAGGAUGAGUCUGAAGGAGGGGGAGAGGUAAAAGAGGGAGGAAAAGGAAGAGAGGGGGAGGUGAAACUCCUGGAUCUGGCUGCUGAGAGAAAAGCUCUGCUGGAUAUUGUUCUGUAGUAGUUGGCAAGCGAAGGAUAGGGGGUGUUAGUACGUGUGUUUGUGUAUGUGUGUGUGCUCUUGUUGGAGCUGAGCCAUUGGCACUGCUAGACUCCUCCAUCUUCUGGUUCCUCCCAGCUAAUUAAAUUAGCCCUCUUUUUCCUUUCAGCAGUAAGAUGCUGAGAUGUAAGCCAACAAAAGGCUGGGAGAACACACUGCUUUUCUGUGUGUGGAGGCAUUAACAGAAUAAAGAUAGCUGGAGGCCUAGCUAGCACUCUCAGACGUUGAUGAGCCUGUCUGGGGCUUCUAGCUACUUAACAUUCGUCUGUAAUACUGGGCCAUGGGGGGAUUCACAGUCUUACGCCUGUGUCUGUCUCAGUGUCUCUCUCUGUUGGCUCUUUGAUGCCUGGCUGAGUCAGAGUGGGUGCCCACUGAAGUUCAGGAGUAAUGAAUUACACUAGCAGUGUGAAGCCAGACAGCAAGCUGGAAAGUCCGCCAGCCUGUCAGACAACAAAUUUGAGCAUUCGAGCAACUGGAAACUUGUUUUGAAUAAGUAAAUAUUCCCUAUAGUGAUGUUUUAUUGAUUGUUAAAGCUACAAUAGGAGAAAAGUAAGAGCUGUUUUUAAAUUCAGUGAGUUGAACUGAAUGUUGGAUGCUAUUUUAUCAAACUUGAUUGGCAGUACUAACACCUCCAGUAUAAAACUUGCAUGUUAUCAAACCUUAAAGGGAUAUUCCAGCGUAAAAAUUAAUUUAGGGUCGAACACUGAGUUAGACACCCCCUCAAGAGAUGAUUGUUGCUGACUGCUUGCUUCACUAGUUAUACCAACUUUAGUAACGACCGCAGGAUAGCAAUACACAGCAGUCUGAGGAGCCAUAAACAAACCUCAACCAAAACGCCACUGUAUAACCACAAAUAAUGCUCAGAACAGCACCUAACUUCAUCAACAGUACAUAUAGGAUCCCAGCCACAGUACUUGCCACCAAACAUCUUUUUAACUUUGCCUGAUUUCUUUAGCAAAGAGACUAAACACAACUCACCCACUCUCCUCCAGCAGCCGCUUGUUUGUUGCAAGACCUUGGGCCAGUCCAUUACGGACUUCAGCGGGGAGAUACAGAUCAUAAAUGUUCUUCCUUGAGCUGCGUCACCCCGCUGCAGUCCGUAAUGGACUGGCCUGAGGUCUCCCUACAAACAAGUGGCUGCUGGAAGAGAGUAGGUGAGUUGUGUUUAGUCUCUUUGCUAAAGAAAUCAGGCAAAGUUAAAAAGAUGUUUGGUGGCUAGUGCUGUGGCUGGGACCCAAUAUUGUUGAUGAAGGUGCUGUUCUGAGCAUUAUUUAUGGCUAUAGAGUGGCGUUUUGGUUGAGGUUUGUGUAUGGCUCCUUAGUCCGCUGUGUAUUGCUAUUGUGCGGUCGUUACUAAAGUUGGUAUAACUAGAGAAGCAAGUGGUCUGGUGUAAAUUAAUUCUACACCAGAAUAUCCCUUUAAUUGGCCCGUAGACUGACAUGAUAUCACCAAUUCUAAUUUAUAGUAUAAUGGUAUUAGUAGAUUUGAUUGAGAUGUAUGCAAACACACAUAUGCAGAAACACAAUAACCAAAGUUGUUUUAGAUUCGGCAGAAAUCUGUUCUUGUAUUUUUUUUAUAUACUCAUAAAAAGCUGAUUAAGAAGCUCUUUUGUUAGAGCCGUUGCUAAACCAGACAAUGCUGCAGUUUGUUUGUUGUUACAGGGUGACUCACCUCCUUAACUUAAGCCACAUUUAGACUCAAGCACAGAUGCAGACACCCUUCAUGAGCAUGUACAAUAAACACAUCACAGCACAAAUAAAUAAUCGUAAUGUUUCUCCAUGUUCAACCCUGAGCAUGCCCCCGAGUCCCCUUUUGUGCAUGCUGCUGUUGAUGUUAGUGGAAGUCAGUAUGACUGCGCAUUAUUGGUGUUGCAUUGCAUCAUGUAAACCCCCUUUGUAUUUACUGUGUAAAGACAGGGGCGGUAUGCUGGUUCUGUAUGCUGGUUUUGUAUUCCCUUUUCUUUAUCACAUACAUUCAAUGUUCAGCAUGAUUGACAGUCAUUUCACCUAAAGUCUUUCAUUGACACGCUAAGAAUCUGACACAUUCAACAUCUGUUUGUUGAAAUCAAAUCGUUGUCUUUCCAUCCGUAUCACUUUUCCUUCCUCUUUUUUAUGCACUAAUGCUGACCUCCACUAACACUCUAAUGAGCUGAAAGAAAAAUCACACUAUACUAUCUUAAUAGCAAACUGAAACCAUUGACUCUGCCACACCACUCACCUUUCCAUCUGGCUGACUUCCCUUAACUCUGAAUCUAGAUGCUCCCACAAGUCCCGGGUCAAAUCAGGAAUCCUGUGUGCUUUUAGCUCUUAUUUAGCUUUCAAUGUGACCUACUAUGACGAGCCAUUUAACAUUUAAUCGGUUGGGUGGAUUAGUCUUGGUUUAGUUUCACUUUCAUUUCCUCAUACAUACUUACUGUAUGUAACAUACAUACUGUAAGAGACUGUCAUUCUGAGUACUGAAAAUACUCAUUUUAGCUUUUUAAGAAACAAUUUCACCAAUGCAAGUCAAACUAAUCCACUGAUAUUUUCAUAUAUGUCGUAAAUUUUAUCUAUAUUAUUUAUUUAUAUUAUUAUUUUAAUUAUAUAAAUUUAUUUAUCUAUAUUAUUUUUUUAUAUUAUUAUUUAUUUAAAUUAUUAUUAUUAUUAUUAUUAUUAUUAUUAUUACUCCCAUAUUAUUUGUCAAUAAAGUAAUUCUUAUUCUAAAUAUAGGUGUUUAUUUUUCACCAGCUAAAAUAACAAAAAAUGACGUCUACAAUGAAAUUCCUCACAUAUAGAAAAAGACCAGUAUUAUUGUUAUUUCCACUUAAAAAUAUUAAAAGUUCUACUCUGAUAUGUGCAACAUGUUAAGCUAUUUUUGAUAUGCACAUACAGCAUUUACUGUACUGAAUGACAUAAUACACUUUUUUAUUCCCUCUCGAACUCAAGUGCUGCACAUACCUUAGUGUCUCCAUUGUAGUGCAGAUAAAUAAAUCCCAAUAAAACCAACAGUCGUUUACAUGCAACAUAGAAAUGUGUGUUUUUUGCACUGAUAGUAUUACAACUCAGACUUUACAUGAAAUCUCUCGAUUCCACUGCCAACAUGACAACCUUACUGGUCCCUAUCCCAGCAGACAAAUGAAUGAUUUAUCAUUAAUGGCUUGUCAUAGAGUAAGUCUCUGUAAAUAUACAACAAUAUCACUAAAGUGCAAAAAGAAAACUGUCUAUAGUAACACCUAAAGAUCCUUUAGUGUUGACAUGCACAAGCAACUGCAAGGAUGCAUCACGCAGUUACACAGCGGACUUAUGUCAACACUGAUGAACACCAAACAACUCAACUAACUAAUGCUAGCUUUGAUGUGAUUGGCCCGUGAACAGGAAGCUAGCGGCGGCAGUAAAGUUGGCCCAGUCCACCCAGGCCAACGGCACCCUGAAGGGCUCUAACCACCCCUCCCAGUCCUCCCAGCCCUCCAGCCUCUUCCCACAAUGGUAAUCACCCUCCUUUACCUGGAAAAUGCCUCAGCCAUGAUGACAGUGUUGCUUUAGGACACAAGAGUCUUUGGUCACUGACGUUGUAGUUAAUGCUAAUGAAACUUCUGUUAAACCGUAACUUUAAAUCAGUUACAGCCUACAACACUUGGAUUUAGAUAAACACACCUCUGUCCUGUGUGUAAUCAUGUUUGACGUAACCACUUGUGUGUUUCCAUGAUAUACGUAGACUGUGUUCUCAGCAUGUCCCUCGUCACACCUGCUGUGUUUGUGUUCUUGAUGUACCAGUCUCUGUAUCUGUAUUCCCAUCUGUGAAUGUUCACAAGACAAGAUCUCUAGAGACAGCUGACCAACAGGUUGCAAAAGAUUUGGUAAUUCAUUGGCUGCAGUGUAGUUGUGAGCACUGUGAUUGAUACCAGCUGCUGUUGCCUCCAGGAUGGCAUCAUCAGGGGACGGUCACAGACAUGCUCGCUCUCAAACCAUGCCCAUCAUCAGGGGGAAGAACGCUCUCACCAAUCCAAAGCUGCUGCAAAUGAUGGAGACAGGUGACACAGACACACACUGAUAGAUAUCACCUGAGAUGAAUGCAAACUAACUCUGGUGGGUUUGAGUUUUUAAUGUCUGAUUGUGUUUCCAGAUGGAAAUAUCCAGGAUGGAGACAAUCUGAGUCCAACAGAUAUUGAAGCCAACUUGUCCACGGAGGUGUCCCUCACUGUGUUGGAUGUGCUCGAGCUCUUCGUUCACCAUCACAAGGUCUGUAGUCCUUCUAUAGGUCGCACUUACUGUGUGUAUCAUCUGUUGUACUUUUUCUAAGGGUGUGGUGUGUUUCAAAUGGUAUUUUUUGCAUUAACUAUACUUAAGUCACAACCAUAUAUGGGAGACAAGCUGCCAAAAGUAUUUACGUGUAUUUCCUGUACAUUCAAUCCAAAAGGCAGAAAUGGAAAUAUGAUAAUCCACCUAAAUUCUAAUCCAUCUACUCCAAAUUUACAAUCAUUGAAGUGACCCCAGAUUUCAUGAUUGUGAAAUUUAUUAAAAAAUACAUAUAAAAUAUGUCAUCCACUGCUGAUUCAUAGGACUUAACCUUUUUACAAUCGUUUGUAGAGCCAGAGUGGUAUGCACUUAAAACAUGCACAGAUACAUUGAACCACACUGUAGGUGCUCUGCUGCCACCUGGUGGCUCUUAAGUAUAAAGUGGUCUGUCCUUAUUGUUUGAAAAGAGGGAUUGAUUUUUAAAAUUUAAACAUUUUUACAAUAACCAUAACUUACAAAUGGUAAACAGACCAUUUAUAAAUGGUAAGCAGAUAGUUUAUUAAUGUUUAAUCAUCAUUUAUAAAUAGCCUAUAGACCAUUAAUAAAUUGUAAAUUUUGUAGUUUUAAAAACCUAACCCAAACUUUACAAUAAACAUUUAAGUAAUGUUUAUAGAUGGUUUAUAAACCACUUAAUAAUCAUUUACAAAGUAUUACAAACAUCAGUUGCAACUUUACAAUAAACAGUUAAGUAAUGUUUAUAGAUGGUUUAAAACCCAAAUAUUAACCAUUUAUUUAAGUGCUACUUACACACAUUUUAAUCUAGAUGUUUUACAACCAAUAUUUAAACCCUAUACAAACCCUAAAUAAAUAGUCCUUUUAUAAUUAAUAAAAAUUAUUAAUCAUAAUUUCAUUGCUUGUUAAUGCUAAAGUAACUAUGAAUUUACAUUAAUAAACUAUCUAUUUGCUAUUUAUAAUUGGUCUCUAUGCUGUUUUUAAAUGAUGAUUAAACAUUAAUAAACUAUCUAUUCACCAUUUAUAAAUUAUGGUUAUUGUAAAGUGAUACCCAUUUUUCUCCUGCUUUUGUCCUCUUACACACACCUGUACAGAAGCAGCUGCUGUUGGAUGAAGGACAAAACGCACUGAUGAAGAAGGUGCUGGACACCUACUUGCUCUUCUUUCAAAUCAACCAAUCAACAGCCACUCUACGGCAUGUCUUUGCUGCACUCAGGCUCUUUGUGCAAAAGGUAAAUCGUGCUCUUCAUUUGAACAAAUUGUUUAAAAAAAAAUAUGAAUUGAUUUUUGAACAUGCAGUUUUACUUUUGUCUCUCCCUGCAGUUCCCCAGUGCAUUUUUCCAGGGUAAGGCAGACCUGUGUGGCUGUCUGUGCUAUGAGAUCCUCAAGUGCUGUAACCAUCGAUCCAGCUCCACACAGACAGAGGCCGCUGCCCUCCUGUAUUUUUUCAUGCGGAAAAAUUUUGAGUUUACAAAGGGCAAGUCUAUUGUCCGUUCACAUCUGCAGGUCAGUGGCGCAGAGUGUUAUAUGAGCAGAUAAAUGAAAAACUACAGUGUGACAUUUGUCCACCUCACGCUUCAUUUUAUCGUAGGUUAUAAAGGCAGUGAGCCAGCUCAUAGCAGAUGCUGGCAUUGGAGGUUCAAGAUUUCAACAGUCCCUGGCUAUAAUCAACAACUUUGCCAACGGAGAUGCACCACUCAAGGUGGGGCAAAGUUAUCUCAUCAAAGCUUCUCCAUCAUUGAUAAUAAGAGUUGUUUAAAAUAAUGAGUGAAACAUCUUCCUGCAGAACACUCCAUUCCCUGCUGAAGUCAAGGACCUGACCAAACGAAUCAGGACGGUCCUGAUGGCUACAGCUCAGAUGAAGGAGCACGAAAAGGAUCCAGAGAUGCUGGUGGAUCUCCAGUACAGUCUGGCCAACUCUUAUGCCAGUACCCCGGAGCUACGACGCACCUGGCUGGAGAGCAUGGCUAAGAUUCAUGUCCGCAACGGCGACCUCUCGGAGGUUCUACUUUUUGAUUGCUCCUCAUGAACAUAAAAUUGGUUGCAGACCAAAGUCCCACUCCAAAUAAAUGGUACUUCUUCUGACUUUUCCUCAGGCUGCCAUGUGUUACAUCCACAUCUCGGCUCUGAUUGCUGAGUCGCUCAAGAGGAGAGGUAAGUGCUCACAUUCUGCUGCUUUCUAACUCCUUUCAGCAUGGGGUUUUGUGUGUAUUCAGGGCUGUUUUAUUGCUGCUGCAGUGAGUCAUGGUCAUUUCUAACCACAGAGUCCUAUCACAGUCUCCUUCUGACAAUCAGAAAACCUUUCUCUCUGUCUGCUGACAUGAUCAUCUCUAACUCUGUCAUUGAAAACUCCUGAAACUUUGACGCAUCUGUCUCCAUCUGAACUGUAUGCCUGAAAGUCAGCACACUGGUUAAUAAGUGUGCCACGUGUGUGGUGAAGAUGAGUCAGAAGCUUGUGGUAUAUGAAGAUGGAGUUAUAUACUGCCAUUCUGGAGUAUCGAUCUGUUCUUGCAUGCCUCUGCCAUUUCCUUUCACAAGGUCAAGUAGGGACCCAGCCUACACAUCUUGCUGCCUUGCAUGUUCCUCCACCUGCAAAUCUGUUUCCUCCUCCGUGUGCAUGCUCUCUCCUUGAACCCAAAGCAAGUUUCACUGAGCCUGCGCUCAAACUGCUACUGCAGCAUGCAAGUUUCUCAGCUGAGUGUUUUGAGCUCCGUCUCUUAGAGCAACAGGCAAAAGCAAGUGGAUGUGAACUCUGUAAACCUCCUCCUCCUCCUCCUUACCCCUCCACUCCUGCCAAACAGGGUACUGGAGAGCUGACAAGGCCAGGAUGUCCAGUGUGUCCCCUGAAGAAAGUCCUGUCUAUAACUGUAGCUCCUUACUAACUACCUCCCGAGAACCAGACAGUGAGUGUGUGCGCCGUGGGCCUGCUGGGUGGUGGUGGGGUGGUAGCUCAGAUUAUAGGAAUGAGGGAUCAUGGGUAACAUUAACACUAAAAGGUGGAGAUGGUUUGGAUUGAAGAACCUCUUAUUUGAUGUGUCGGGUUUUUAAUCAUGCAGCUGCGAUUUGAGGACCAUUGUUCUUGCCUCGAUGAUUUGAAUCUGUGCCAAGUUUGAUUUUUGCUGUCACUGUCUGUCUGACCUGCUCACUCCAGUUCACUGAGGUCUGAUAUGGAGCACGCUCACGUUCGAUGUCUCUGUAUUUGUAUUCUUGUUUUAUAACACAAGAGCAUACCUGUUUGAUGUUGUAAAAUCAUAUCAGCAAGAUACCGUGUGACCCUUUUGUCUUCAUGAGUCUUCACGUGUCUUAAUAUCACUCUCACUUGUCUGAAACCGCAGCGUCGUUCUCUAUGGGCUGGGCGGCGUUCAUGUGCAUCAGCCCGAAUGUGAAAGAGGAAGGAGCCAUGAAGGAAGACACUGGUACACAAGACACACCCUACACAGAGGUCAGUGAUAGUCUUUAACCGCUUAUUCUAUAAAAAUGUGAUGUUCCCAACCUUCAGAGGACGUAAUCUCUCUGCUGUGUGUAGGACACCCUGGUGGAGCAGCUGGAGCUGUGUGUGGACUAUCUGUGGAAAUCAGAGAGACACGAGCUCAUCGCUGACAUCAACAAACCUGUGAUUGCCGUCUUUGAAAAGAGGCGGGACUUCAAGGUGAGUGUUAACCCCCCAAAUCUUUAAACUCAUCAGCAUGAAUUUCCCCUCGAGAUUAAUAAAGUUCUUUUUCUUCUUCUUCUUCUUCUUCUUCUUCUUCUUCUUCUUCUUCUUCUUCUUCUUCUUCUUCUUCUUCUUCUUCUUCUUCUUCAUAUUGAUACAUGAAAUCUCAUUUGUGUGUGUCUUUGUGUGUCCACAGAGGCUGUCAGAGCUGUACUAUGACAUCCAUCGCUCCUAUCUGAAAGUGACUGAAGUGGUAAACUCAGAGAAGCGGCUCUUUGGGCGCUAUUACCGCGUGGCUUUCUAUGGACAGGUGAAUAAUUUGUGAGGAUGAUAUUCUGUAAGGUUUUUGUGUGGACUACUUUUUUCAUAAUGUGGUGCAUAAAAAGGAGUCUAGGAGGGAGUGGAGAGUGAGAACAUCACUUAAAGACACAAAAACAAACAAAAAAUACUGUACUUCUUUACUGAUGCUGAUCUACUGCUAACUGAUAGAGUUUGUCAGCCUAUGUCUUUGUUUCUGUUCUCACUCAUAGAUGAAUUAACUCAGAAAGAAAACAAUGAUGCGUAUCUGAAGGUCUUUGGAAGCUAUGUUUGAAGAAAAAAAAUACCCAUUACAAGAAUUCCGAUUUUUUUCAGAAGUGUUAAAAGCAUGUUUGGUAUAAAAUAAUGAGUCACGCCCUUGUUUAUCUUUAAUUCCUGGUUUUAUCAGUGACUAACAGGCUUGAUUUUACCAGCCUGGACCCUUGACAAAAAGGUCGUACUUAUAUGAAGGUCUUUUAAAGCUCUGUUGGGAGGAAAGUUUUGAAUCUAAAAGUAUUGCUGUAGUCAAAAAGGUGUAACUUGCAGCCUUUAUUUUUGAGUUAGUCUCCUUAAUCGUCUGUCUGCUCUUUUCUUCUUUUUUUUAUAUUUUAUAUCAAGAUUGCGGUAAGUUCUGUAUGUCUUUGGAUUUCCAUUUUCCUCAGUGCUAACCGUGUUUACCUCUCUUCUCCUUCUUCCACUAUUAACACUGUCUGCUUUUACCUCCCAAAGGGUUUGUGUCAAGCUUGCUGUGGUCCAUUUUACUUCCCAUUAUUGCCAAGAUGACAUUGUUCCUUCUUAAAGUUUGAAGAUUUAAAGAGCCGUCUUUGAAAAGAAAGAUAUAAUUUAAUGAUCCUCCUCCACCUUUGACAUUUUACUCCAAUGCUGCUUUGAAAUUGACCUCCGACCUCUCCCAUCCGGCACUUAACACUGUGAAGGCUGAGUUGCGCUAACACUCAAUCUGGCCUAUGACCACUAGGGGGCGACAUAAAACAGGACUGACAUGUUUACAGUGUGGUGUGAAAGCAAAACCAAAAACUUUUAUAAAAACUGAAUUUGCUUUGCAGAAAUGUAAACUGUACUGUACAUGUGAUAUAUCUUGUUAAUUAGUGUAUAUGUGUGUGUGUGUGUGUGUGUGUGUGUGUGUGUGUGUAUGUGUAUGUAUGUAUGUGUGUGUCUUUCAGGGUUUCUUUGAGGAGGAGGAGAGCAAAGAGUUCAUCUACAAAGAGCCCAAGCUGACAGGGCUGUCAGAAAUCUCCCAGAGGUUACUCAAACUCUACUCGGACAAGUUUGGAGCUGAUAAUGUCAAGAUGAUCCAGGACUCCAACAAGGUCAUAAAUGGAGACAUUUAAACUUAUUAAUUACUAUUUUUUUUUUUAGGUAUAACUUCAGUGGAUGUUCAUUAAUGCUUGUUGAAUGUUCGUUUAAAAACAGGUUAAUCCUAAAGACCUGGACCCUAAGUUUGCCUACAUCCAGGUGACGUACGUUGUGCCCUACUUUGACGAGAAAGAACAACAGGAGAAAAGGACGGACUUCGAGAGACAUCACAACAUCAACCGCUUCGUGUUCGAGACGCCAUUCACUUUGUCAGGGAAGAAACACGGAGAUGUGGAGGAGCAGUGCAAGAGACGCACCAUUCUAACCAGUAAGAACAGAAAUAUCAAGAGAAUAGAAAGAAGUGUCGGUUUAUUUCUGUUCUGACAUUAUUCUUGGUCUCUUUAGCGAGUUCAAGCUUCCCCUACCUGAAGAAGCGUAUCCAGGUGGUGGAGCAGCAGAGCACAGAAAUGAACCCCAUCGAGGUCGCCAUCGAUGAGAUGUCCCGCAAAGUCUCCGAGCUCAACCAGCUGUGCAACAUGGAGGAGGUGGACAUGAUCCGGCUGCAGCUGAAACUGCAGGGCAGCGUCAGUGUGAAGGUACAGGUCCUUCUUACCUCAGUCACCACGGUAUUUUUAAGUGCUUUGUUUCAUCUCACCUUGUGUUUCCAUCGCAGGUGAAUGCCGGGCCUAUGGCUUAUGCCAGAGCGUUCUUAGAGGAAAAGAACGCCAAGAAAUAUCCAGACAACCAGGUCAAACUGUUGAAAGAGAUCUUCAGGUAAAAUACAACACACAAGAGCACCAUAACACACUUAUAUGUACGCUUUUAAUUAUUGCUCAUCAAUAAAUAAACCUUUGUUACCUCUUUGCAGGCAGUUUGCAGAAGCCUGCGGUCAGGCUCUGGAUGUGAACGAGCGUCUGAUCAAGGAGGAUCAACUGGAGUACCAGGAGGAGAUGAGAGCUCACUACAGGGACAUGCUGACUGAGCUGUCAGGCAUCAUGAAUGAGCAGGUCUCACAAUGCAAUAACCAAUGAGUGUCUUUCAGCUGCCUGUCAUAAUGGGUGUCAUCUUCCUCUUUGCAUUUUUUUCUAUAUACGUCAUUUUGCAUUUUCAUGAACAUCGGCAUCUGUGGUCUCUUUGGCUUUUUUUCAACUUCUACUCUCAUUACAGCUGCAAAAACGCGUUCUUGCUGCCAGUGUUUCAUCUCUCUCUGCCAGCUCUCUGUCCACUCUUUCUAAGACUGGUAUGUCAUAGAGGUCCUCCAUGAAAGCAGUAAAUCCUUGAACUGUGUUUAAAGAUGGACAACAUGUCUCCACCACCAGUUGUGCAAAAGUGAAGUCAAAAGUAUUGACAUAAGGCACUGGUGUUUUUCAACUCAACUCAACUUUAUUUGUAAAGCACUUUAAAACAACCACAGCUGAACAAAGUGCUGUACAUAAAUAGACAAAACAACGCAGACAAUCAAAAGAGAAAAACAAUCAAAAAACAAUUAAAAUGAUUGAUAAAAUAAAAGCAGAUAUUAUAAAGUAAAAUAUAGUUUCUAUGUUUUUAAAAACUGAUUUAAAAACAAUAGAAACAAACGACUAAAAACAAACACUAAAACAAUAAAACUUUUAAUUGUUUUUACAGGAGGCAGGCUUUAUUGUCUUUUUCUGCUGCCAGUCAUGUUUUGGCUUCACUUUUGAGGAGCUGUCAUUUUCAUCCAGCUUUUUACACAAUCUACUGUCAAGCUUUGUUUCUAUGUGCCGAAUCCACCCCACAACCCAACCUUUCCAAACCCAUCUAUAGCCAAACUACUGCCUGACGUUCUUCUUCUUGUUCCCGUCCAGAUUCCUCACACAAGACAACCAGGAACGGAACGGCACAGCGCCUACUAAACGGCCAGUAGCCUCACUGGAAAAAAAAGGCCAACUUUUCCCCCCUGAAUGUCUUCGGAGCGCCAGCUUGAGGCUCAUUUUUGGAAAUAGUGGAACUGUGAUUGAUGGCGAGUGUAGAGAAAACAAGGGAUGAAAAAGAAGAAGAAGAAGUGUGUAGACUGUGGUCGUGAUAGUCUGUGGUCCCGUGGUUUGAAAGUUGACUAUCUACAGUUUGAUGCUAGGCCACUGGACAGUUAGCUCCUGUUUGUUUUUUUUUGUUUUUUCAGGAUGGAUUCCCCGCCCUGCCGACUGAUUCAACCGCUUACACUCUUGACGCACACACACACACAAAACGAAUGCAUACCAACACACAACAUGCGCCUUCUCUCCACAACCCUGUCCCUUUAGAGAACAGUGACCUUACUGAGCUUGAGGUGCGUUCAGCUGUCUAUGUUAAACAAAGCUUUUCAGAGCAUUUUAAUCCAGUUUUUACGUUUUCUCUGUGAGGUACCAUUUUACUUUGAAUGAUUUUAAAAGAACUUGAAAGAUGACUAAUGUGAAGAAAAAAAGGAUUUGGAUCGCAGGUCUUUGACUAACAUUACGAAGCAUUUGAAGGGUUGAACGCACCUCAUGUUCCUGUUUGAAUGUAGAGCAGCUCCACAUUGCUACUUUGUAUCCUUGCUAAUGUUCUGGAAAUAUCAGCUAGCCAAUUUUCAAACGGAAAAACAAACAAAAAACUUAUGUUUUGUAACAUUUUUAUGAUUGGAUUUGCAUUGUUACUGUUAUUAUUUCAUGUACUGUUUCGAAUUGUAAAUAAGAAAUAUUAAUAUUUAAAAAUGUUUGAAAUGUUUGAAAUGUUUCUUUUUAUAAAAUAUACAAUAUAUAAAUAUUUGUUUAGCUGAAUUUAAAAAAGAACAAAAACUAAAGUUUUAUGUAUAACAUUUAAAUAAAAUUUUGUUAGUGUCCAAAA